GAUUCUCAUGUGAGAGGAUGGGUGUGACCCCCUGGGAGGCUGGCCUCCACCGCCCUGCUUAAGUACACUAUUGAAUUACCUUCCUCUUUGCCAUGCCCCCUUCUGCCAGAGGGAGCCCAGGAGGAGAGCGAGCGUGUCAGGAGCCGGCGAUCUGCUCAGUGGUGCAUUUGGGGUGGCAGGAAGAAAAAGAAGAGAGAAUCUGGAUAAGAAGGUAAGUGGAAUCUCCCAAGUUCCUUUGGCAAGGGACAGAGCUGCGUGAGGCUGUGGACCCGUUUGGCAGCCCGUUUGCAGACAAAGCGUAGUUAAAAGUCGCCUACGAUUGCCCCCUUUGGAAGAAAUGGGGCCUGUUUUAAAGUCCCUGCUAAGGACAGGAUGACACAGAAACUCACAAAGUGACUUUAGAAGCAAACCGGUUUAUUUGGAUCGACUCCAAUCCAAGGGAGAAAGGGCUACUUCUUCCCAAGUGUUUGAUUUGAAGGCAGCAUUUAGAUCUGUGUUUUCCCGCUGCAUUUAUCGGGGUUGCCAUGUUUCCUCGCCGCAGGGCUCCUACGCUUCUAAGAGUAGCGUGCUGUCAGGCCGAAAUACGAGAGGUGCGGACUGGGACUUUUCCCAGCGUGGCAGGGUGUGUGUGUAGAUUUCUUCUUCCCGUGGUGUUGCUAAUAAAAGGGGAAAGGGGUCAGCUGAAUCCUCUUCAGAAAGAUUUGCAGAAAUUACUGUUUUUAUUACACCAUUGGAAAUUGUGUUCUACGGCCUUUUGCUGGGUGGUAGAGGAAAACCUUUUCCAAACCGAAUACAUACAUAACAUAUUUCCAAGACAAUAGCUGGCUUUUUCUUCCAGCGCAGUCUAAUUGCUUUGACUUUCACACAACAAGUAAUUAUCUCUGUUUUGUUCAGCGUCGGUGACUCAUCUGACUUGCGGCAGGAGCUGGGUUUAAUUUAAAAGUUGUUCUGUGCACUUCUUGUUUCAGAAGGCAGGAAGGGGGAAGAAGAGAUUGUCUAGAUUUUCUCAAUUGAUAAAGGAUUCCUGUAGCCCAAGCAACAGAUCAGCUAAAUAUCACAGCUUGCCUUGUGUCCAGUUUUUUUAAAAAAAUAAUGAAAUACACAAAUACAAGGACCCCUGUCGCCUGGUUUUUCUACAAUGGUUCCUCUUCCCUCAUGUGCCCUAUUAAUUUGAGAUGCAAAGCAGCCUCAAGAAGACCUGGACUCUUUAUGUGAUGGUUUACUUCAGAGUAACACUGGAUAGUAUCUUAGAAGGGGCGCUGGGCUAUUUUUUUAAGGCAGUGCUAGCCGAGAGCACAAACUGUUUAAUGUAGUAAAGAGGAAGUCGAGUGUGUGUAUUUCCGAACGUGGGAAACUUUGCUAAAGAUAAUAUUGACAAAAGGUGCAAUUGAACUUAUUUUUCCACGUAGUAACAAAGGCAGAAUUGGGCAGGGAAUCAGUUGCAGACUGCUGAGGGGCAGGCAAUAUUUGUUAAGCUGUUGCCCUUCCAGUGCCACUGAAUUCCUGGCCAAAAUGGCGGCCAUACAUCCAUAUGCAGUGUUGGGCCUGAGAGCCACACUCAUUCUUAGCCAAGCUUCCAGGGGCCUCGUCCCUGCCACACCCAGGUAAGCAGCAGGGAUGCUGGUGUCAGGUUGACAGCUACACAGCAUUGCCUCACCUUGUCAGUCACUCCUGCGAAACUCUGAUGGGGAAACCAAUCCAUUGCAUUCUAUCUCUAUCUCUAUCUCUAUCUAUCUCUAUCAUCAUCUCUAUCUCUAUCUCUAUCUCUCAUUUUGCCUGCCUCCUCCCUAGACCAGCUUCAUAAUAUUUCUGGAAGCAUUUAAAGUGCUUAAGGGUGUUGUUCUUUUAAAAUGAAUUUUGUUAUAAUUUGGGCCAGUACCAGUGCCUUAGGGGUCCAGUACGAUGGCUCUGACAAGAGUGUCGGUGACUGUUGCAGAACCAAAGAGCACUUCCUACUACAGCCAAGUAGGAAUUUCAUAGAAUUGUAGAGUUGGAGGGGACCACAAGGGUCAUCUAGUCCAACCCCCCUGCAACACAGGAAUUUCAGCUAAAGCAUCCCUGACAGAUGGACAUCUAACCUCUGCUUUAAAAAAAACCCCAGGAAGGAGGGCCCACCACCUGUUGAGGGAGUCCGUUCCACUGCUGAACAGCUCUUACUGUCAGAAAUUUCUUCCUGAUGCUGUAAUCUCAUUUCAUGUUACUUGAGGCCAUUGGUUCAGGUCCUACCUUCUGGAGCGGGAGAAAGCAUUUAUGAUGAUGAUGAUGAUGAUGAUGAUUUAUUUAUACCCUGCCCUUCUAGCUGGGUCUCCCCAGCCACCCUGGGCAGCUUCCCACAAAGUAUUAAAAUACAGUGGUCUGUUAAACAUUAAAAGCUUCCCUAAACAGGGCUGCCUUCAGAUGUCUUCUAUAAGUUUGGUAGUUGUUCUUCUCUUUGACAUCUGGUGGGAGGGUGUUCCACAGGGCGGGCGCCACUACCGAGAAGGCCCUCUGCCUGGUUCCCUGUAACUUGGCUUCUUGCAGGGAGGGAACUGCCAGAAGGCCCUCGGCGCUGGAUCUCAGUAUCCGGGCAGAAUGAUGGGGGUGGAGACGCUCCUUCAGGUAUUCUGGGCCGAGGCCGUUUAGGGCUUGAAAGGGCAGCACCAACACUUUGAAUUGUGCUCGGAAACGUACUGGGAGCCAACGGGAGAAGACAUUUCUCUCAGAGAACGCCUGAGAAAUUUAUUUGCAGACUUUCCCCUGAAUAUUCUCCGUUUCUCUCCACCCCUUCACAACAUCCUGGAACAUUGUGGAGGAUUUGAAAUGGGGGCAACACAAGUUGUUGUUGUUGCUGCUGUGUGUGUGUGUGUGUGUGUGUGUGUGUGUGAGAGAGAGAGAGAGAGAGAGAGAGAGAGAGAGAGAGAGACUGUGGAAGUUCUUGCCACUGUUGAUGUGAAGCCCCGUUUCUGAGAAUUUCCCCUCUUCUGGAGAAAUUUGGUGAAAUUGUUCCUCACCACCAGCAUCCCUUCUAGUUCCUCUGCCCUCAAGUUGGAGGGUGAGAUUUCAAGAAGCCAUUGGCACAGAGCUCCCUCUUCCAGCACAUGGCCUGCAACACACGCUCCUCCUUUUUCAAUAGCAGAAUCAGGCUGAUUUUUGCUCCGAUAAGCCCCAGGGGAGAGAAGUAAUUCGCAGGGCCUGUUCUAUCCCGUUCCUGCUGGUUCUAGGCAAAGCGAGGGGGACUCCCCUGCCCGCCACAGCUCAAACAAGCGAGCCCUUCUCCUCCCUCUCUUCCUCUGCCUCGCUCCCUCCCUCCCAUGACAUUCCUCCCCAAGGACUUGGUGGCAACGGUUGCUAAAGCCUUCCCAGGCGGCUGUGUGGAGACGUCUGCAGGUUUCAGAGCGGAGGUGAUCCUUUUGCUUCCAGGCUGAUUCCUCAAGGAGAAGGAGGCCGGGAGACAUUGCCAUGGAAGACAACAGCAGUUUCCAACAGUUGGGAAAACUCUGGCAGCAAGUGAUGAGAAAGGCAAUCUGAUGUUGCAGAAAUUCAACACAUUUAAGCAUAGGAGCCCCUUAAAAAUGAAUCUAGCAGCCCUACAAGGACACCUUGUUGUUGUUGUUGUUGUUUAGUCAUUUAGUCGUGUCCAACUCUUCGUGACCCCAUGGACCAGAGCAUGCCAGGCACUCCUGUCUUCCAUGCCUCCCGCAGUUUGGUCAAACUCAUGCUGGUAGCUUCGAGAACACUGUCCAACCAUCUCGUCCUCUGUCGUCCCUUUCUCUUUGUGCCCUCCAUCUUUCCCAACAUCAGGGUCUUUUCCAGGGAGUCUUCUCUUCUCAUGAGGUGGCCAAACUAUUAGAGCCUCAGCUUCAGGAUCUAUCCUUCCAGUGAGCACUCAGGGCUGAUUUCCUUAAGAAUGGAUCGGUUUGAUCUUAUUGCCGUCCAUGGGACUCUCAAAGGACACCUUACUGGGCAGCAAACAAGUCAUUUGUAUUUUAUUCUCUCUCUCUCUCUCUCUCUCUCUCUCUCUCUCUCUCUCUCUCUCCUACACACACACACACACACACACACACACAUGCAUCCAUCUCUGUCUUAUUCCACCUUUCUCAACAGUUUGCAAACAUAUUUAUUGCUUAUUCAUUUUUAUAGAAUCAUAGAACUGUUGCAAGGGACUCCGAGAGUCAUCUAGUCCAACCCUCUGCAAUGCAUUGGUGGUCCUCCAACCUCUGCUUUGAAACCUCCAAGGAAGGAGAGUCCACAACCUUCUGAGGGAAACAGUUCCACUAUAGAACAGCUCUUACUAUCAGAAAGUUCUUCCUGAUAUUUAAUUGGAAACUCCUUUCUUGUAGCUUAAAACCAUUGAUUUGGGUCCUACCCUCCAGAGCAGGAUAAAACAUGCUUGCUCCUUCAUCCAUGUGACAGCCCUUUAGAUAUUUGAAGAUGGUUGUCAUAUAUUCUCUCAGUCUCCUCUUUUCCAGGCCAAACAUACCCAGUUCCCUCGACUGUUCCUCAUCAGGCUUGGUUUCCAGACCCUUCAUCAUCUCUGCACACUAUCCAUUUUGUCAACAUCCUUCUUAAAUUUUGGUGCCUAGAAUUUUUUUGGUGUCUUUCAGUCAGAUUGGUUCUCAAAGUUGCAUACAACUGGUGGUGGUAAAAGGAGUAUAUGUAGCAAUUAAUAAUAAUAAACACAGAUAAACUCUCUGCAGCUCCUCCUCAUCUGGCCAAUGGCUAAGGGCACGCUGCUUAUCUUCCGGGGAGGCAGGGGGUGUGACCUUCAGCCCCCUGAAAGAUGGCAGAAGCCAACAGUGUUCUUCCCUCUAGUUCUACAGUUCCAGGGCAAUUUGCAAUUGUAGCUGAGCGCUCUUUAUGGUCAGAAGCGGUGGAAGCAAGUUCACCGCAGCUGCUCCUUCUCUGGCCAAGCUGGUGUCCCACUUGCUGAGCUAGUCUUCCUAGGAGGUAGAAGGUGCAAUCGGGCCGUUGGAUGAGGCCACGAUGUUCGGCUUUCCGCCCCCAAGGCAAAAUGAAAGACAGCAAAUCAAACACACACCCACACCCUCAAAUGAAUAAAAGUGUGAAACGGUAAAUCAAAAAGAAGGAGCUGGAAAUCAAAAGGCCAAGGUGUGGAAGGGCAUUUGUGACAAGGCAGAAUCACAGUAGGCCUGCGGUGGCUACCCUAACUCCCACUGGGUUGCAUCGUUGUGAUUGUGGGUUCAAAUUCCACCCUCCCCCAAACCAGGGAGUGAGGAACCUGUGGACCUAUAAAAUAAAAAAGAAGGGACAUAAUUAAAGGUGUCUUCAGAAGUGUCCAAUAUUGUGAUGCACCAGCCAAAGCCAUCAUUUCUGCCCCCUUUUCAGAUCACAGAAUUGUAGAAUUGUAGAUGUUCCACUGCAGUACCUUUUGUGCUUUACUGACGUUGUUUUCCAUCUUCAAAAGCUGGGGUGGGGUGGGGAAGCCAGGCACCUGCCUCACCUUAACAUCGAUACCAGGAAAGGUCCUAGAAUAGAUCAUUGAACUGCGAACUCAUAGAAAAGAAUGUUGCGAUGACUAAGAGCCAGCAAGGGUUUCUCAAAAGCAAGUCAUGCAAGACAAAGCUUAUUUCUUAUUUUGAGAGCGUUACAAGCUUGGUGGAUCCGAGGAAUGCUGUGGAUGUAGUAUGUCUUGAUUUCAGUAAGGCUUUUGACAAAGUCAUCUGUGAUCUUCUUGCAGAGAAGCUGAUAUAAUGUGGGCUAGACUAUGUUCCUGUUAGGUGACUGACCAAAGCCAAAGAUGCUCAUUUAAUGGCUCCUAGUCAUCCUGGGAAAAGUGGCAAGUGGGGUGCAACAUGUUCUGUCCUGGGGCCAGUGUUGUUCAAAAUCUUUAUAAAUGAAUUUGAUGAAGGAAUAGAGGAACUGCUUAUCACAUUAGCAGAUGAUGCUAAACCGGGAGAGGUAGAUAACACUGCAGAAGAUAGAAAACAGCAUUCAGUAUGCCCUUAAUCGAUUGGAGAACUGGGCCCAAACUAGUAAAAUGAAUUUCAGUUGGGACAGGUGUAAGAUUUGACAGGUAAGCAGGAAUAAUCAGAUGCACAAAUAUAGGGUGGUCAUAGCACUGCUUUAUUCUACCUUGGUCAGGCCACACCUGGAAUACUGUGUCCAAUUCUAGGCACCAAAAUUUAAGAAGAACGUUGACAAGCUGGAACAUGUGCAGAGAAGGGCAACCAAGAUGAUCAAGGGUCUGGAAACCAAGCCUGAUGAGGAACGGUUGAGGGAAUUGGCCUGGAAAAGAGGAGAGUGAGAGGAAAUAUGACAACAAUCUUCACAUAUCUAAAGGGUUGUCACAUGGAUGAUGGAGCAAGCAUGUUUUAUCCUGCUCUGGAGGGUAGGACCCAAACCAAUGGUUUCAAGCUACAAGAAAGGAGAUUCCAGCUAAAUAUCAGGAAUAACUUUCUGACAGUAAGAGCUGUUCAAUAGUGGAACGGUCUCCCUCAGGAGGUUGUGGACUCUCCUUCCUUGAAGGUUUUGAAGCAGAGUUUGGAUAGCCACCUGUCAUGGAUGCUUCAGCUGAGAUUCCUGCAUUCCAACUCUCCAAUUUUAUGAUUCUUUGGUAUUGCAUGUUUUCAUUUUAAGUACCGGGGAAACCCAGGGAGCCAUAUAGGUCAGUCGCACCCACGUAGCAUGGAAUAUGUUCACAGGAGAAAGUAAUUCUGAGUUCCACCCUAUAACUGGUUACAUAUUAAUGUAGAUCUUUUCAAUCGCUGCAGGAAGGUGGUGGCUUACUAUAGCACGUCAACAAUUUAUGCCUGGGGUGUGUGUGAUAGACUGUGUUGAUGUGACGGCGUCAAAGAAAAGGCGCCGACGGAUGUCUCUGUUCAGGUCAUGGAUAAUUUUUGCCCAAGAGCUAUGCCAAAACCUGCCUUCCAAUUUCUUGAAAGUUCUCUUCCCCAGUAAACAGGGCUUCUGUUUUCUCAAGCCACUUUGGAAUUUAUUUCCCGUUCUGUGGCUGUGGGGUCGUGCUGACCUUAUGGCUUCAAAGUGUCUGAGGGUGAUAUGUGUGGUUUUCUCCUUCUUUCCACCGAACAUUUCUCCAGCGCUUCUCAGCAUCCCUGACUACUCAUAAUCCCUGAACUGGAAAAGCUUUGUGGCAGAAUUUACCUCAGGGUGUCUUCUCCUGAGCUUUACCUGAACGGUGGCAGAAUUUACCUCAGGGUGUCUUCCCCUGAGCUUUACCUGAACGGUGGCAGAAUUUACCUCAGGGUGUCUUCCCCUGAGCUUUACCUGAACGGUGGCAGAAUUUACCUCAGGGUGUCUUCCCCUGAGCUUUACCUGAAUGGUGGCAGAAUUUACCUCAGGGUGUCUUCCCCUGAGCUUUACCUGAAUGGUGGCAGAAUUUACCUCAGGGUGUCUUCCCCUGAGCUUUACCUGAACGGUGGCAGGCUUUACCUCAGGGUGUCUUCCCCUGAGCUUUACCUGAACGGUGGCAGGAUUUACCUCAGGGUGUCUUCUCCUGAGCUUUACCUGAAUGGUGGCAGAAUUUACCUCAGGGUGUCUUUCCCUGAGCUUAACUGAAUGGUUGAGAGCUGGGUUGGAAGGAAAGGGUCCGGCUACUAAGUACCUGAGGUUGGUGCAUUGCCUGAUUUCGGCCACAUCUGCACUGUACACUUAAAAUAGUUUUAUACCACUUUGAACAGCCAUUCGCUUCUGCCAAACAAUCCCAGAAAUUGAAGUUAGUUAAGGGUGCUGAGAGUCGUACUGUUUUAGACGUAUCGUGCAGGUGAGACCUUUGGUUUUUUUAUGGCAAGUUCUUCUUUCUACCUUUAGAGAAAAGGGAUAGGGAACUUCAGGGCCAAGUGUGGCCUUCCAGAACUUUCCGUCUGGCCCUCAGAGCACUCUCCUCAGGCAAAUGCCCCUCACCAACUCGGCUUCACACCUCCCUUGAGUGUGUUUUCCUGGCUUGAAUGCCUCCUUGAACUCUAAUAAUGCCUCUUGCUCCCCUCAAUGGAGGACAGAGGCGGGUGUGGGGGUUUGUGUAGAAACUAGCCUACUGUGUUUUUGUUGUUUAUUCAUUUAGUCAUGUCCGACUCUUCGUGACUCCAUGGACCAGAGCACGCCAGGCACUCCUGUCUUCCACUGCCUCCCGCAGUUUGGUCAGACUCAUGUUUGUAGCUUCGAGAACUACUGUAUUGAGGGGAAAUAGACAUCCAUUUUUGCCCCUGGCCUGCCUUCCACUGGCGUGUGGCCUGUGGUAAGUUGCCCAGUAGCAAAUGCAGACCUCGGGGCUGAGAAAGGUUCCCCACUCCUGUUUACGAAAAUAAAUGUUAAAAUGAACAGCUUCCACGAGCGCAAGCCUGCCUGGAUUCCUGAGGUGGCAUCAUGGUUUUCUUUGGAACUGGAGCUUGCUGGGAAGGCUGUCGAAUGCAGUUCGUCAAGAAAUGAUUUGCAGGCUCUAGCUCUUGUUUAUUCACAGGCCCAGAACAGAACUGAACUGAAGGGUUCAGCCAGCCUGCUUAUAUAGAGUUCCACUACAACGCAACAGUAACAACUUUCUGUAACUAUCCAAUCACUGAACGUCACUUUCAAUUCCUUAUUUGCAUAUGUGGACCUGAGUGAAAACUAUCUACAGUAUCCGCCUGCUGGCCCAGGGUGAGAACUUCAGUACAUAACAAGGGCAGUUGCCCUCAGGUCCUACAUGUGGGCUUCACUUUGGCCACUGUUCUGGGCUAUACGGGGCCCCCUUUGACCUCAUCCAGCUUCCAAGCUCUUGCUUCUCCACUUUCCUAAGCAGGAUAGGGGCAAGAGGAGCUGCUUUGUUUACACGGCAUUUCCCUGUUGCGUGUUUUCUGGAGGGCUCCGCUGUCCUGUUCUGUUUUCUCUUUUGAUGCCAGAGGAUGAGCGCUCGUCCCCACAGAUUGUGGCGCUCCUCAGUUGGCAAGGCCGUGUACAAUUCAUCCCAACGUCUGCUGUGCUGUGGAUCGGGAGACUGGGGCCGUAAACUUGUAAAAGAAUGGAUGGGGAUGGGGGCUUGAACCCCACUCCCACAAAAGUUUGAGAAAUAAGCAUGUGAAGACAGGCUCUAGCGGAUUGCACAGACGAGAUCAAUAGUGGGUCCAUCGGUCAAGAAGGCAGUUUCUGCGCAUGCUGUGUAGAAGGAAGUGAGGAGCAGAUGGGGCUCAUCCACCUGGGAAGAAGGAAAACUCUGGUCCUAAACCUUGCAGGAUAUCUUCUGGAGAAGGAAAGGCUCAGGAGUAAAAAAAAACUUUGUCAAAUCUGGAGUGGAGUCCCUAAGGCAGUUGGAUGGUGCCUUGCCUGCCUCCUCCCAGCAACUCCUGCAGCCAAACUGGUGCCAAACGUCUUGCUCUGCUUUCCUUUAAGGCCACAUAUGUGAAGCUGAGAGGGGGGGGGUCUUGUUGUCUGGGCAGCCCAGGACCUCCAUACACACUGCCCAGGCUUGCACCCCAAGGAGGUCACUAACACAGCAGUUUGACUUCACCCCCGGAGGUGCACUCCAUUGUCUCUUGAGAUAGACAGUGCCAGUAACAGAGGAUUUCUACUUGGAAACUCAGCUGUUAAAAGCCCCAGUUAGUGAACCAGGUCUGAAGCCGGUUGAAAUUUGUGACAUUCUCACUUUCAUUGAUGCAUAGGCAGCAGCCAGGCAGGGCUGGCCAAGGGUUGUUUCAUGGUGUUUUGGGCUUCCCUUUGUUUAUGUCUAAAUUCACCGCCCACAGGCACAGCUGAACCAAGGACAAGCAAGUGACCUUCUAAGACACUGUGCUAGUCUUUUGGUGCUUAUUCAACAGUUCUUUCUACUUGCUUUCUACAUACCAAGGCAUCGGGCGCCAACCUUUUUGGACCAAAGGACACAUUAUGAAUUUUGAGAGAGUGCUGUGGGCUCCAGUCACAAAAUGGCUGCCAUGGGGGGCAUGACAUAACACAAAAUGGCUGCCAUGAGGGUGUGCGGUAACACAAGAUUGCUGCUUCUCCUCACCCCACCUCUCCCAGGACAACCUCAUGUCUUCCUGAGGGUGCCAGUGAAGACCUUUGUGGGGGCCAUGGUGCCCACGGGCACUGGGUCGGUGACUCCUGAAGCAAGUGUUGUUGAAUUGAACAGGACUUGGCUCCAGAGCAUUUUUGCAGGAGGGAUUCAUCUGCAUACCCCAAAUGCAGCUUUAAAGGUAAAGGGACCCCUGACCAUUAGGUCCAGUCGUGACCGACUCUGGGGUUGCGGCGCUCAUCUCGCUUUAUUGGCCAAGGGAGCCGGCGUACAGUUUCUGGGUCAUGUGGCCAGCAUGACUAAGCCGCUUCUGGCAAACCAGAGCAGCGCAUGGAAACGCCGUUUACCUUCCUGCCAGAGUGGUACCUAUUUAUCUACUUGCACUUUUGAACUUCUAGGUUGGCAGGAGCAGGGACCAAGCAACGGGAGCUCACCCCGUUGCGGGGAUUCGAACCGCCGACCUUCUGAUCGGCAAGUCCUAGGCUCUGUGGUUUAAUCCACAGCGCCACCCGCGUCCCUGUAAAUGCAGCUUUGCACACUAUUAAAUUGCUCUGUUGUCCUGCUGCAACAAAUCCACAUGGGGAGGAGGAAAAAUUGCCUUUUGUGGUGCGAGCGGUGGGGGAACUGAAAUGAAAAAGUGUGGGAAGAACAAAUGAUUAAUGGGACAAUGCACACCCCACAAACGAAAUCAGGACAAAUGCUCAUUGUCAUAUAUACUCUCCCCAUAAACGAAUUAGAACAAAUAAAGACCAAAUCCAAUCUAACCUCCUCAUAAGCUUUGUGCAAGCAAAUCAGGAAGAAUUCUCGAUAAACAGGUUGCCUGCAGGAGUCCCGUGCUGAGGAUCCUGUUCUGAAAAAACCCAGAAUGUGCAUUUAAGGUUAACUAAGGGAGCCGUGUAAGGUCAUGGGGUCAAAGGCUGGUUUUUGUAGUGGGAUCUGCUGGUAGCCUGGCUGGUUAAAGAAUGAUGGGAUGCCUACAGGAAAAGGUCCAAAGUUCAGUGGAUGAGCAUGUGGUUUAUGCAAUGCCCAUCUUCAGUCACCAACAUAUCUGGCUAAUCCAGGGGUGGGAAACUUGGUGCUCUCAGGAUGUUGUUGGACUACAACUCUCAUCAACUCCAAGAGCCUGGCAAAUGACCAGGACAGCUGGAGUUGCAGUCCUACAACUUUGAUGGGGAACCGAGUUUUCCAUCCCUGACUUUAACAAUCCCAGGUUGGUCAAAAACAAAAUGGCCUGUUGUAUAUUUGUAACAUGUGAGCAACAGAUAAAUACAGACAUGGAUAUGAACAUGUCCAGAAGGGAGCUCAGCUUGUAGUGAUUAUUUGCUUUGACUGCUCAAACCGAUACUGAUGAUUAUAUAUCCGCCUGUAGUCUCUUUGAUGUUGUAUGAAAUAAGGUUCUCUGUCUGUGAGUGGGGAAUCUAAUUAGAAGCCGGCUGGUGUCAUUUUAACCCACGAAACCAGGAAGUGGGAGUUCAAAAAACGUGCCAAUUUUGGUUGUUGUGUAGUAAUUGUCCAUUUCUUAACGUGCCCGUUCCAAACCAAGCCAUCAAAGACCACAACUCCCUAGUGUUACAGAGACUUGAAAAGAGAGUUGAGAAGGGAAGACUUUUAUUCUCUCUCUCUCUCUUCAGUUUUAGGAACAUUCAGAAGAAUUUCUUCCCCACCACCACCCAAAAUAUAUUUUGACUUAGACAAUGUCCUAGUCUGGGUUGGACGGGAUGCAAAUUCUUGUUGCUUUGUGACUUCUCUUUAUGCCCAUUUUCUUGUCUCGUUUUCCAAAAUAAUCCUUACUUUGUUUUGACCCAGGCAUUCAAAAACUCUCUUGCCCCAAGCGACAAAGUAUUCUAGCUGCUUAGAAAUGCCUAAUUCCUGAUAUAUAAAGCAGAGGGAAGGUUAAAUAGUAGCUGGAAAGCCUACUUUGUAUGGAAUGACAACAAUUGUAUUUCCAGGACCUCCACUAAUCUGGGUGCUGGGUACGACAUUAUUGACCUCAAUAAAAUAUUGUAACCAGAUUUUGCACACAGAAAAAAACCUAACUUUUAAAAAGUAUACUUAAGGGCGACAGGUUUCAGUCAGUGUGGACUUUCACAUGCUCAGAAUCUGUGGAAUAAUCUAGGUAACAAGCAGAGAGUAGACAGAAGUAAUUAGAUCACCAUAUCUUGGCUUAAUGACCCAAAAUAUGAGCAAGCCUUUAGGUUGUGUGUGAGGCCCCUUCCUUUCUUGCAAGCCACAAUUCAGCAAAGUUAUCCAUUUUAUCUGAACUUGGAAACAAACCAGGAUCCUAAACCAACUUCAAACCCUGGUUAAGGAUAUGGGCUUGUUGUGAAGUUGGUGACAAUGGUUUCUCAGUUAAGAUGAAACAGGAAACUGUGGUUGGUUAGAGACUUCAUCGUUGCAUUGUGGUAUUCCACUUGGGGGGGGGGACAAAGGGGCUGUGGGCAAAGGACUCAUUCAUAUCUUGGCUUAUAAAGCUUAAAUAAGAUCAUCUGAAGCAGGUCAGAGUUUUACCACACCACCAUCAAUAUUGGAGCUGUAUAAUUUAUUUUAUUAGAUGCAGUAGUUGGAUGCUUGAAACCAGUAUUGUAAACCAGGGAUGAGGAACCUGUGGCCCUCCAGAUGUGGCUGUACUCUACUUCCCAUCAGCCCCAGUCGGCAUGGUCAGUGGCCAGGGAUGAUGGGAGUUGUAGUCCAACAACAUCUGAAGAACCACAGGUUCCUCCAUCCUACUGUAAACCAUUGGAACAUAGGAAGCUACCUCAGACUGAGUCAAACCAUUGGUUCAUCCAGUGCAGUGUCGUCUACACUGACAAGCAGUGACUGUCCAUGGUCUCAGGCAGAGGGCAUUCCUUGCCCUACCUGGAGAUGCUGGGAAUUGAACCUACAUUCAAAGCAAAUGCUCCUCCACUGAGCUAUGGCCCUUCAGAGAUCAAGGGAGGACUAGGCCACAACCUAACGUAUGGCCUUUAUUAUAUUGGAGACUGUUCAGAAUUGGCUUCCCCUUCUCCUCUGGUUCUGAAGUGGUAUGGCCUCCAGGGAGGACUGUACCACACAAUAUCUCUGAAUGCCUUUCUCCUCAAUGGAAAGCCAGUCCUUAAGCAAACAACUCUCUCAGCUCUGGGUUUCGUGAGGGGUUACGGACUCAGACCAGCUUCCUCUCGCCUCUGUUUACUUGCGUCUUGAAAUUGCAGGCGUGACUUUCAUGUGAGGCAACUCUCUUCCCCGUAUCCCUGGGCACAAAGAGCCAGCUUAGGAGAGGAGGGUGGGGAAGGGUGGGGCUUAAGCCGAGGAAAUUCUCAGGGAUUUUAGUUGACAGAAACCUGACAAUAAAACUGUGAAGUCGGUUGCGCCUCGCGACACAGUUAACGUCUCGUGAAUGGCUGGGCAGCCGGGAAGAAAGACGGCAAGGUGUGUUGGCACCUUGAGUCAGCCACACCUCAGGGUCAAACUAGAUGUGAGAUUCAAAAAUGUUCUACGGCUCCAUCUGCACAUUUCUAGCAGUAUCACUGGGGGCCAAUUUUAAUCCUCAAGGGCAAGUUUUAAUAGGGCAGACUGAAAACGAUGAGCAUGCUUGAGGCUGUUUUACUGGAAUAGGGAGGAGAGGGCGAAAUAAUUAAAAGAGGUAUUCCCUGUGGAGUACGGCAGGUGGGCUCUGUCUUCAUGUUCUCUAAGGCCACAUUCACAGCAUACAUUUAACAGGGCUUCCCAAACUUGGGUCUCCAGCUGUUGCUGGACUACAGCUCCCAUCAUCCAAAGAGAGCAGGACCAGUGGUCAGGGAUGGUGGGAAUUGUAGUCCAACAACAGCAGAAUUCUCAAGUUUGGGGAAACUGGCUCUGUGAUGCCACUUUAAACAAGCAUGGCUUUCCCCCAAAGAAUUAUGGGAGUUGUGGUUGGUUCAGAGUUGCCAGGAGAGCCCCUAAUCCCCUCACAGAACUACCAGUUUUAACAGGCAAUCCCUUUUCCCAGGGAACUCAGGAAAUUGUUGCUCUGUGAGGGCAAUAGGGGUCUCCUGAAAACUCCCAGAACUCAUAACUAUCUACAAAUCCCAUAAUUCUUUGGGGGACCCAUGAUGGUUUAAGGCAGCAUCGUAGUGCUUUAAGUGUAUGGUACGAGUGUGGCUGUUUAAAGUGGUGCGAUACUGUUUGAAAUGCUCUGCGCAGUUGCAGCCUAAGUCUCUGAAGGGUAGCACAAGAUGUUGAGGGAUCCAGCUUGGUUGUACAAGAAGGGGAAACAUUUUGACCUCUCUUUCCCCCUGGGAAUCAGAAUCACACAAGCAUUUAAGCUGACAUUUGCCCUAUGUUUUGGUUUUUUUGUGCAACCGCGUCUAAUCUUGCCCCUUUCUUAAAUUAAUUUCUUAGUGGGUGUCCUUCUUUUCUGCAAAUCUACCAAAGGACAAAAAACAAAAACAAAAAAAAUCAGGGUUAGGGGAUUUUCUCAGGACGGUGGAGGGUGGGUGUGCUGUGUCUCUUUAGUGAAGUGGUGAUGGGAUUUGCCCCUCCUCUUUUGCUCAAAAAUGGAGGGGAUCAAGGGGGGGGUGUCGGUUGAGGUCGGGGGCAUGAGAAAUGUCCCUGUUUUCAUCUGAGGAAUGGUAUGAUUUGAAUGCAGAAGAGCCUGACUUCAAUCCCUUGCAGCUACAAGGGCCAGAUCGCAGGAGAUAGGAAGGAAUCCUGUCUGAAACCCUACAGAGCCUCUCCCAGUCAGCAUAGACCAGGCUUCCUCUGCCUCGGCCCUCCAGAUGUUUUGAGACUACAUUUCCCAUUAUCCCUGACCACUGGUCCUGCUAGCUAGGGAUCAUGGGAGUUGUAGGCCAAAAACAUCUGGAGGGCCAAGGUUGAGGAAGCCUGGCAUAGACCAAGUGCAGCCAAUAUGGCACCCUCUGGAUGUUGUCAGACUACAACUCCCAUCAUCCCUGACCAUUGGCCAUGUUGGCUGGGGCCAUUGGCGCCAUCUCUGGGGAGGGCCCUGGGUGCCAAGGCACCCACAAACUUUUCACUGUGGGUGCCCGGCUGGGCGACCCAAUGCGUCUUGCAUGUGAUGUCAGAUGCCAAGGAACGAUGGGGCCCGUCACACCAUAUGACAGCAUCAAUAAUAAUAUACAAUAAUAAUAAUUUAUUAUUUAUACCCCGCCCAUCUGGCUGAGUUUCCCCAGCCACUCUGGGGGGCUCCCAAUCGAGUGUUAAAAACAACACAGCAUUAAAUAUUAAAAACUUCCCUAAACAGGGCUGCCUUCAGAUGUCUUUUAAAGAUAGGAUAGCUGCUUAUUUCCUUCACGUCUGAAGGGAAGGUGUUCCGCAGGCUGGGCGCCACAACCGAGAAGGCCCUCUGCCUGGUUCCCUGUAACCUCACUUCUCACAAUGAGGGAACCGCCAGAAGGCCCUCAGAGCUGUACCUCAGUGUUCGGGCUGAACGAUGGGAGUGGAGACGCUCCUUCAGGUAUACAGGACCGAGGCCAUUUAGGGCUUUAAAGGUCAGCACCAACACUUUGAACUGUGCUUGGAAAUGUACUGGGAGCCAAUGCAGAUCUCUCAGGACCUGUGUUAUAUGGUCCCAGCAGCCACUCCCAGUCACCAGUCCAGCUGCCGCAUUAUGGAUUAAUUGCAGUUUCCGGGUCACCUUCAAAUGUAGCCCCACGUAGAGCACAUUGCAGUAGUCCAAGCAGGAGAUAACUAGAGCAUGCACCACUCUGGCGAGACAGUCCGCGGGCAGGUAGGGUCUCAGCCUGCAUACCAGAUGGAGCUGGUAGACAGCUGCCCUGGACACAGAAUUGACCUGUGCCUCCAUGGACAGCUGUGAGUCCAAAAUGACUCCCAGGCUGCACACCUGGUCCUUCAGGGGCACAGUUACCCCAUUCAGGACCAGGGAAUCCCCCACACCAGCUGCAUUGUGCUGCAUUGGGCCACGUCGCACUAUGUGACAUCACAGGUCAAAGUGCAUGAUGUCACACACACACGCCAGGAACCCCAAAUGUGGGGUGGAACCCGGCGUGCUUGGCUGGGGCUGGUGGAAGCUGGAGGCAUUUGGAAGGCAUUGUGUUUGCUGCCCCCUUGGUGCAGUCAAUACAGAGAUGGAUGGUCCACAGAUUUGAACUCGGUGCAAGGCAGGUUCCUGUAGGUGGAUGCAAUGCUUUUUCUGGGGGUACACGGGGGUACACAUACCCCUAAACUUUGAUUUGGAUUUGUGGUGCUGCAGAGGGGUUAUUUUAUACUUGUUGGUGCAGCAUUUUGACCAACAAUUGGGAAACACUGGCCUGCGAGCGCUCCAGAUGGAGAACAGCCUUUACCAAAGGUGUCAUGGGCUUUGAAGACACUCGAACUCAGGACGCCAGGGAGAAACAUGCUAAGAGGAAGGCACGCUUGGCAAAUCCACACCGUGAUCAACUCCCGCCCGGGAACCAAUGUCCCCACUGUGGAAGGACGUGUGGAUCCAGAACUGGCCUCCACAGUCACUUAUGGACUCAUUGUUAAAACUGUGUUUAUGGAAGACAAUCUUACUCGGCUACGAGGGAUCGCCAAAGAAGAAGAAGAAGACCCCUAAACAUUUUGUGAAUCUAAGUUUGGCCUCAUUGAAGGGCAGUAUUUCAAUAUGCUUCUUGGGAGAAAAGCAAUGACAAACCUAGACAGCAUCUUAAAAAGCAGAGACAUCACCUUGCCAACAAAGGUCCAUAUAGUUAAAGCUAUGGUUUUCCCAGUAGUGAUGUAUAGAAGUGAGAGCUGGACCAUAAAGAAGGCUGGUCACUGAAGAAUUGAUGCUUUUGAAUUAUGGUGCUGGAGGAGACUCUUGAGAGUCCCAUGGACUGCAAGAAGAUCAAACCUAUCCAUUCUGAAGGAAAUCAGCCCUGAGUGCUCACUGGAAGGACAGAUCGUGAAGUUGAGGCUCCAAUACUUUGGCCACCUCAUGAGAAGAGAAGACUCCCUGGAAAAGACCCUGAUGUUGGGGAAGAUGGAGGGCACAAGGAAAAGGGGACGACAGAGGGCAAGAUGGUUGGAUAGUGUUCUCAAAGCUACGAACAUGAGCUUGACCAAACUGCGGGAGGCAGUGGAAGACAGGAGUGCCUGGCGUGCUCUGGUCCAGGGGGUCACGAAGAGUCGGACACAACUAAACGACUAAACAACAACAACAACAGGAAAAUGAGAAUACCCCUAGGGAAAAAGCACUGGGUGGAUGAAACCUCAAACCACAACAGCUUGUCACUGAUGAGUUGAUUAGUUCCUCUGAAAUAAGGAUCAAUGUCAAUUCCACAGAAAAGGAGAAGUGAAGAAAUUGUUUGCAAUGAUUCAGAGACAGUGUGUCUUCCUCCCACCUAUUUCCUGUUGCAGCUCAUGCCAGAAAAACGGUUUGACCUUCUGCCUAUACUGUUUGGAACAUGGGAGCAUUUCAAACACCUUAACAAAAAACCAGGAAACAGUGCAAGCAGGAAGGAUAGACUCAGAUCAAUGUGGAAUUUAAAUGUGCAAAGAAUGCUGAUGUGAAAAUGAAAUGCAACGGAGUUUCGUGUGUUUAUUUGUUUGUUUGCUUGACGACAAGCAAAUCUGAAACAGGUGACAGGAUCAAGGGAACUGCAUUAAAAUAGAAGCUUUUAAGGGGAAGGCUAUUAGGGAGUCCAACUUUUUAAUCUGAAAUGCUUCCGGUCUGCCGUGAGGAAUUUCAGCUUGGAGAGUUUUCUGGAACUAUAAAAAUUCAGGAUAAAUGAUUUGCAAGGCUACUCACCCUUAGCUGCGGAUCCUUUUGCUUCAGGAUGUUGUUCUGUGUGCUGGCUUUGGGAAAGGCUGACAAAAAUCUUGGAGAAUCAGUGCGCUGGUGGCUAUCGGCUAUUCUGUCUAGGUUUGGAGCUUCCAUAUGCAAUGGCAGUACAGUGGUACUUCAGGUUACAUACGCUUCAGGUUACAUAUGCUUCAGGUUACAGACUCCGCUAACCCAGAAAUAGUGCUUCAGGUUAAGAACUUUGCUUCAGGAUGAGAACAGAAAUCGCGUGGCAGCAGCGGGAGGCCCCAUUAGCUGAAGUGGUGCUUCAAGUUAAGAACAGUUUCAGGUUAAGUACGGACCUCCAGAACGAAUUAAGUACUUAACCCGAGGUACCACUGUAUACCUCUGGCAAAGGGAUGGGGACAAAUUUGCUUCAGCUUACUGUAAAAAUGCGUGUAUCGGGAAAAUUGCAUGUGAAGGGUGUGUGUUAGGAGAAAUUUGCAUUAAAAUGCUAACGAAUUUUCGAGAGGACUAAAAAAUAAAUCAGAAACGGAUGCAAAAGUUUGGAGAAGUGAAGACUGGAAAAAUGACCUUCUAGGAAGCCAUUCUUGAUGUAAUGAUUAGGGAGGUCAGGGGUUCAACUGGCCCUUGUUCCUGUGUGUUUAACGGUACAGUGGUACCUUACUUUUAAAACAGCUUAGUUUAUGAACAACUUGGAUUAAGAACGCUGCAAACCCAGAAAUAGGUGUUUCGGUUUGUGAACUUCGCCUUGGAAGCAGAACAUGUUCCGCUUCCUGUUGAGUGUGUUUCGUUUGUAAAUUGAGUCCCCCGCUGUUUAUCAGAGGCUUCCUGUUGAGUCUGUCAGCUGUUGAGUCCUGAGUACCCACGCAACACAGAAGUGAUAUUUGGAGCUUUUGUUUUUGCUAAAAAAUUUGCAUUUUUGUUUGUGUGGCUUUUUUUGUUUAUUUGACUGUGACUUGUUUUUGUGACUGUGUGGAACCCAGUUCAGCUACUGAUUGAUUGAUUGAUUGAUUGAUUGAUUGAUUGAUUGUGUGACUGCAGAAAUGGAUAUAAGCCCCAAACAAUGACUAUAAGUGCAUGUAAGGAUUUUUUUUUGGUCGUCUACAAUACUGUCUUAUUUAUUUUAUAGUACAAUACAUUGAUUAUUGCUUUCUUUUUAUGGAUCAGUGGUCUUGUUAGAUAGUAAAAUUCAUGUUAAAUUGCUGCUUUAGGGGCUGUUUUUAAAAGUCUGGAACGAAUUAAUCAUUUUGCAUUACUUUCUAUGGGAAAGCAGGCCUUGGUUUUGGAACGCUUUGGUUUUGGAACAGACUUCCGGAACGGAUUAAGUUUGGGAACCAAGGUACCACUGUAGUUUGAUCCGCAGCAAUUUGCAGCUGAUCAUUCCCCCUGCCACCUGCUAGAAAUGUUGGCAACAGAGCUCAUGAUACUGUUUGCCAUUCCUGCAUAAAGGAUGCUAAAAUAAUAAAUAAUAAAUAAUUUUUUAUUUAUACCCCGCCCUUCCCGGUUCAGAAAAUCAGGCUCAGGGCGUCUAACAACAAAUUUAAAACAAUCGAUGCAACAAAAAACAGCAUAAAAUACAGUAUAAAACGUGAAUAACAAUAAAUUCAGAAUUCAAAAAUCAAUUUAGGGGGAAAAUCCAUCCAAUAAACAUUAGAUGAUCACCAGGGCUAGCUGGCUAAAUUAGUCCUAUUUGGGCCAGCGAGGAGACCAGGGGAGAAUUAGCUGUGAGAUCCCAGAGCGGGUAAUCUUCAUAAAAAGGGGAGGGGGAAGGAAGGAAGGGGAAUAAAAGAUCAGGCUAAGUUCAAAUUGAAAGCCAGGCGGAAUAGCUCUGUUUUACAGGCCCUGCAGAAGGAAGUUAAAUUCUGCAGGGCCCUGCUCUCAUGGGACAGAGCAUUCCACCAGGUCGGAGCCGUCACUGAGAAGGCCCUGGCCCUGGUGGAGGAUAAUAUGACUUCCUUAGGGCCCGGGACCUCUAAACUAUGAUUAUUCAUGGGCCCCUACUAAUGGAAUAAAUUGAACUGGAUUUCCCCCCAUCAUUUAUGCAUUUAUGUAAUUAUUUUAUUGCGUUUAUAUCUUACCUUUUUUUCCUCCAAGUUGCUCAAGGUGGCAUCCACACUUCUCCCCCUCCUCAUUUACUCCCCACAGCAACCCUGUGAGGUAGACUAGGCUGAGAGGCAGCGAGUGGCCCAAGGUCACCCAGUGAGCGUUGUGGCCAAGUGGGGCUUUGAACCCUGGUCUCCCAGAUCCUAGCCCAAAACUCCAACCACGACACCUUGCUGCCUUUCAUUUCAUCAAAAUAUGUCCUUUUUAAAAAGAAAACCUUCACCUCCUCUUUUUUUCUUUUUUUCAGUAAUGAUGGCUGACGCUGAAGCAGAUGUGGGACUCCCCAAUAUUGAGAGGAAGCCAGGCCUCCAGAUAUGGACCAUAGAGGUAUAGUACAGCCAGCAUCCUCCAUACACCGCCUGUAUUUUUUGCAGGGCGAUACAACACAGUGUCUACUCCUCAGGCUGUUAGUAUUUUGCAGGAGAGACUCAGGCGCAUAGCAGAAAUUUCAGUAUGUGCACCUGAAGUGUGGGCUUUUUGCGGUUAGGAAAGCGACGGGAGAAUGCCCUGAGAAGUGUGGAAUGAACAAAUGAUUUAUGGGAAGAUGCAGAAACACCUCACAGGCAAAUCUGAAGACAUCUGAAGGCAGCCGUGUUUAGGGAAGCUUUUACUGUUAGAUGGACUAUUGUAUUUUAAUAUUUUGUUGGAAGCCGCCCAGAGUGGCUGGGGAAACCCAGCUGGAUGGGCGGGGUAUAAAUAUAUUAUUAUUAUUAUUAUUAUUAUUAUUAUUAUUAUUAUUAUUUUAUUGAGACGAAUGCUCGUUGUCAUAUAUACUCCCCACAGACAAAUCAGAACGAAAGCUCAGUAAAGUCUAACUGCCGCGUAAGCUUUGGGCAAGCAAAUCAGGAUAAAUGCUUGAUGAAAAGGUCGUGUGGCAGAGCUCCCCUUUUCAUUUUAAUUGGGUUGUUAAAUUAUACAUUAAUUAGCUGAACACACUGUCUUGCCAAAGGCAAGGUGGUUCUUUCAAAAUGAGAUUCAGAAGCAAUAUAAACUACCCAAGUGAGUGAGAAGAUAAAAGGCUUUAUUCUAAAACAGCAAGCAUACAUACCAAGCACUUAAGCACUUACUUCAAUCUGCCACUUGGAAGCCCUCAAGAAGUGAAGAAGCGGCUUCCCCAGGUAGCCUCAGUUUGCACGGCCCAGCAGCCAACCAGUCUGUGCACGAGCUUCAAAGAAACUCUGCCCAAACCAUCCGAUUUUAUAGAUAGCCACCCCCUGCCAAUGCCUCACUUUCUCAAAACAAUGUCCAACAUCAAAGAAGGUACCCAGCAUUAUCCUCCACUACUGAUUAAGGCAGCUGUGUGUGGAGUUUCAUCUCCUCCCAAUGUUCUCAAGACAUCUAAGACUGUACUCACACCAUCGGAAAAGUUCACAAGAGUGAGGGAGGUGGAAGGAACAGAGGCAGGAAGGAGUCCUUGUCAGAUUGCUAAACUCCUCAAUACAUUUUGUUUUCUCAUACACACAUAUUGAAUAACACAACCGUUGUGAUUGUACAUGUAAUCAUACAAAACAGGACUGUUAUUAUGAGGAUUAUACUGUCUGCCAAUAUUCUUUUUACUGUGUUUUCAACUAUGUUUUAUUGUUGAUGUUUCGUAAUGUGUUUUUAAUGUUGUACACUGCCCUGAGAUCUUUUGGUAAAGGGCAGUAUAUAAACUGUAACAACAGCAGCAGCAGCAGCAGCAGCAACAACAACAACAACAACACCUUUGCAACAGGGAAGUGAGAGCUGGACCAUAAAGAAGGAUUGAUGCUUUUGAAUUAUGGUGCUGGAGGAGACCCUUGAGAGUCCCAUGGACUGCAAGAAGAUCAAACCUCUCCAUUCUGAAGGAAAUCAGCCCUGAGUGCUCACUGGAAGGACAGAUCCUGAAGCUGAGGCUCCAAUCCUUUGUCCACCUCAUGAGAAGAGAAGACUCCCUGGAAAAGACCCUGAUGUUGGGAAAGAUGGAGGGCACAAGGAGAAGGGGACGACAGAGGACAAGAUGGUUGGACAGUGUUCUCGAAGCUACCAACAUGAAUUUGACCAAACUGUGGGAGGCAGUGGAAGACAGGAGUGCCUGGCAUGCUCUGGUCCAUAGGGUCACGAAGAGUCAGACACGACUAAACAACAAAAGUGACCUUUAGGCUAACCUGACUGGUGAACAAUGUGUUGUUUUGGUCCUUCUCCAGCUUGUUAAUCUGGUGUGGGGAAACCGCAGGCCACCAGAUGUCAUUGGAGGAGAAAGCUAUUCAUGGCCUCUAGCCAUGAUGUAAGGUUGCAAGCAAUGUCAGCCGUGUCGUUUUGGGGCAAUUUCUCUCUCUAAAAAAAAAGCUCACUUAUUGAAAUAUGGCAACCCUAUAGGAUGGCUCUGCCUCUACAACUGGGGGGAGCAAUGCCUCUGAAUGCAAGCUGCUGGAAAUUUCAAGAAGGUGAUGUCUGCCAAUUGGUGAGAAAAAAGAUGAGCAUAUUAUUACAGCUCCUCCAAAAGCGUUUUUCUUACACCUCCGGAUAAGGAAACAUUUAACAUGGACUUCAUGACAGCUUCACUCCGUAGCAUUCCUGCUUGGCCACAGCCUAGGCAUGUGCUGGCUAGUCAAAACCCUGAAAUGCAUAUGAGCUCCAUGUGAAUUGGCUCUAGGUUCGAAAGCUGCCUCCUGAGAGUCUGUUCCCGAGCUGCCCAGAACAGCAGCUUCAUUCUUCCCAAAUCAUCUGACUUCGUUUCCUUGUGCCUUGGUGCAAAGGCUAGCAGCUCCCUAAAGAAUUCUGCAAACAUGGCCCAGGGGAACAGAUGGCUGGAGAUGGACCUCAGUCCUCCAUCUCUGAAAUGGAUUUUUUAAAAAAAUGUCCAGCCUCGCAAGUGAGUCCGCAAAUUUACUAGUCCUCAAUCAUUGGCCUAGGUUGGUCAGAUUUAGUACAUUAUUGCACUGAAAUUAACUCUCACCUGUAAAAGCUCCCCUGGAGCAGGCUUACAAGUUUGCUUUCAUGACGGUGUGAUAGCCACCCUUUGGAAUGGGAAGGUUUUGGGCGAAGGUUCACCAUUUAGAUUUCUGCCUGUCACCCAGCAGUUGAAAGCAUUUGCACUCUGCCAGAAAUAAAGAUAGGACUCGUUGUUCUGAUUCUGGAAUCGUUUGCUAUGGGAUUUUUAUUUGCUUUUUGUUUUAUUACAUUUCUAUACUGCCCUUCGUCUGAGAAUCACAGGGCGGUUUACAACGUAAAACGUCAAAAAUGCAGAACGAAAAACAAUACUCCCUAUGUUUAAAAGGCUGUGGUGUUUCUUUUGUUUAUUAAAUUUCUAGUUGACUUUAAGUUGUCUUUGGUUAACUUUGGCCCACUAUACCAAAGUCUUGCCAGAUCAAUCCAGAAUGCUUUAAAAAAGGGAAGAAUCUGGGCUUGCCAUUUUACAGGCCCAAAUGUACAAGCACACCUGUCUCCACCCUUUCGUGACCUAGGCUGAAGUCGGAGAAGUCAGUGCAUCGUUAGUUCCUGCUUCUCUGCCGAACAAGUUUGUCCAGUUUUGCAAUUCAGGCUAGAGGUGAAGCGGAAAACUUUUCACAAUUAAUUAAGCCGAGAAGGAUGUGUGAGAUCUUCCAAUUGUGUAUGUUGAGCCUCCAUUUGCGGAAACUUUGGCAAGGAGGGAGAGUAGGGUUUGCAGAAAGGUUUGCUUAUCUAUUUCACAAAAAUUAUACACCCCUUGAUUGUAGGUGGGGGACUUUGAAGCAGGUUACAAAAAGAGAAAACAAUAAAAUCCAUAAAAUUUUACAGCCAUACUUUAAAGCAUUCAAAAGUUAAACUACUAACACGGUUUAAAGAACUGUCCUUGCACAUAAGCUUGAGACUGAUGUAUUCUAAAACACAAUGAAUCACUAAAAACAACAACAACUGCUACUGUUAUUUAAACAUGUUGGCUUCCUUGUGUUCACAUUAUUUUAUACAAAUUCUUUGUGGAUUUAUUAACGUUUUCUUAGCCAUCUCCCCACCUUUUGGCUGUAGAACUGAAUCUCCUACAGCGAAGGUUGUCACCCUAUCUCUGUGUAUCUUCUUAACUGGAUUUUUAUGCUUCUGUUGUUUGUUGUUGUUAUUUUAGAAAAUGAAAAUGGUGCCUCUUCCUGAGAAGGCCUACGGGAGCUUUUUUGAAGGGGACUGUUACAUCAUCUUAAACGUAAGUAGCUCUGCUAAUGGUGCCACAGGGUGGGAAUGAAUCAUACAAUCACAGAACCCUAGAGUUGCAAGGGAUCCCAAGGGUCAUCUAGUCCAACCCUCUGCAAUGCAGUACUUUCAUUAAAUACAUAUUUUGUUAUGUGCAAAUGGCUUUAGAUACCUGUUGGGUCCAUAAAUUACCAUAUAGCAUAUGUUCAACACAAAAAACAGCCACAAAUUGUUGUGGACAAAGGACAGCUGGACAUAUAAAGGACCCCGUUACCUUCAGUAGCUUAGGGCCUCAUCAAACCUAAAUCCAUCCCUGGCUGGUGCUCAGCUUUGAAGCGACUCUGGGGUUGCGGCGCUCAUCUCGCUUUAUUGGCCAAGAGAGCCAGUGAACAGCUUCCGGGUCAUGUGGCCAGCAUGACUAAGCCGCUUCUGGCGAACCAGAGCAGCGCACGGAAACGCCGUUUACCUUCCCGCCAGAACGGUACCUAUUUAUCUACUUGCACUUUGACGUGCUUUCGAACUGCUAGAUUGGCAGGAGCAGGGACUGAGCAACAGGAGCUCACCCCGUCGCAGGGAUUCGAACCACCGACCUUCCGAUCGGCAAGUCCUAGGCUCUAUGGUUUAACCCACAGCACCACCCGUGUCCCUAUAUAGAAGUUAAUUUUAAUAUGCUUUUAUUGAAUAUGUAUGUUAUUGAAUAUUGUAUACCCAAUGUAUUGGAGGGUUUCACUGUUUGUGUUUUGGUGGCUGAUAAGAAUUUUUUUUAAAAAAAGAUCCCCCUGGAAACCUUCGCCAUGUUUGCAUAGUUCCCUGGAUCACACCAUAGUCAGAAAACAAGGCUCCACUUCUCAGAUUCUCUGUGUUCACAGCCAAACUGUCCGCGUUCCCCUCCUCCCUCUUGCCCUCUGGACAUGAAUUUGCUCUCUUGCCAUACCAAUCGCUAUGGUAACCUCUACGAGGAGGUGUUUGGCAAAUGUUUACUUUGUCGGAGAGCGAGAAGGUGCCAGAAAAUGGGUUGCUGCGCAUGUUGGGGCAUGUAUUGCGUUUCCGCCUCUCCCUCCCCCCCCUUCUUCCUGGCAGUGCGCUAUCUCUCAAGACCGUCUUAAGGGUGCUGCCAAGGGGGUUUCGCCCAUGGCGGGGGGGGUCACCUUUAAUACACAGGCUGGGGAGGGGUUUCACUUGACAAAUCACGUAUGUUUCAUUGUAGCCGCAUUCGCACCUUACGUUGAAAGCAGCAUGAUGGCAUUUUAUUUUAUAUUUUCAAAAAAAAUAAAAUUAAUAAGUUUUCCACGAUUGUAACAAAUAUAACAUAGAGAAAAGAAAAGGAAACACACAAAGAAAGCACAAUACAAUGUUGAACAAAAACAAAAAACAAAAACAAGAUGGGAUCUUAAACGCCUGUCCCUUAAAAACACCCAAUUUCUCUUGCAUUGUUAAUUCACUUCCUCAGAUCCCUCCCUUCUGAAUUUCAUUAUAUCUGCAUGUAAAAGCUCUCCAAUAACAUUCUUAACUAAAAUUAAUUCCAGCAAUUAACUAUCUUAUUCUCAUUUCUUACUAUUCUAAAUCCAACUUACUUACAAUCAAAUCCUAAUUUUAUCCUAGGCCUAUUUGGUACUUUCAAGUGACUUCUAAUGAUUUAUAUUACAAUGUUUAUUCAAAUAAUCCUUAAAUUUCUUCCAAUCUUCUUGAUGCAUGAUGGCAUUUUAAACAGUUAUGGUGCCCCCCCUGAAGAGUUCUGGGAACUGUAGUUUGCUGAGGGUUGUUAGGUGACCCAAACAACCUACAGUUCUCAAAGUGGGUUUAGCACUCAGUCCCACUUCACAAGGAACUCUGGCCUCUGAUCACCUCAAAUCCUCUCUCAUAACCACCUCCGAUAUUUUAUUUUUAAUGAGAUUUGCUUUCUACUUGUUUCCGUGUCAGCUAGGGAUGGGAGGGCAAGAGAAGUUCAACUCAGUUUCCCUUCAGAGACGAAUCUAUCACAUUCUCAUCUCCCGAAGCAACGGGAUCCCUUCAAAAUUCGCAGCGACGUGAAUUUUGCGGUGCUGUUCUUCCAGCCAGCGUUUACAAAAAUGCAUAUAUUAAGGGGAAGUGUAUGUAAAGAUGAAAAUAUCCGUGAAAACAACAUACAGAGAUGCGCUGCGUUAGGAGAAAGCGCAUGCAGAAAAAUGCAUGCGCCAGACAGAACAGCAAACCAGAAUGUGUUUAUUAGGGAGGAAUUUGCACCAAAAUGCUCAAGAAUUUUCAGGAAGUUUUGGGUGUUUUUUUUAAAAAAAAAUAAUAAUCACAGAUUCCUGUAGAAAUGUGGAAAACUGAAUUUAAAACUGGGAAAAUGAGAAACUGGGAGAACUGAAAUGGACACAAAAGGUAAAGGGACCCCUGACCAUUAGAUCCAGUCGUGACCGACUCUGGGGUUGCGGCGCUCAUCUCGCUUUAUUGGCUGAGGGAGCCGGUGUACAGCUUCCGGGUCAUGUGGCUAGCAUGACUAAGCCGCUUCUGGCGAACCAGAGCAGCGCAUGGAAACGCCAUUUACCUUCCCGCCGGAGUGGUACCUAUUUAUCUACUUGCACUUUGACGUGCUUUUGAACUGCUAGUUUGGCAGGAGCAAGGACCGAGCAACGGGAGCUCAUCCCGUCGUGGGGAUUUGAACCGCCGACCUUCUGAUCGGCAAGUCCUAGGCUCUGUGGUUUAACCCACAGUGCCAUCUGCGUCCCAAGAAAUGGAAAUAUGCCCUCUCUAAUUCCAUUGAUGCCCCCUUCCAUUGCAGAACACGAAGACACGUUCCGGAUUCGCCACCGACCUGCACUACUGGAUUGGGCGCGAUUCCUCCCAGGACGAACAAGGCGCGGCUGCUUUCUACGUGACUCAGAUGGAUGACCUGCUCGGCGGAAACCCCGUCCAGCACAGAGAAGUGCAGGGACACGAGUCGGCAGCCUUUAAAAGUUAUUUCAAGAACGGCAUCAUGUGAGCACUGGGGAAAGGCUUGGGGAACCUACUCCAUUUCAAUGGGGCACCUGUGGGAAAAACAGAAUCAGGCAACUGGCUGCCUCCUUUUUAAACCUCUUGGACUAUUCCCAUACGGUGGUACCUCUGGUUAAGUACUUAAUUCGUUCUGGAGGUCCGUUCUUAACCUGAAACUGUUCUUAACCUGAAGACCACUUUAGCUAAUGGAGCCUCCUGCUGCUGCUGCGCCGCUGGAGCACAAUUUCUGUUCUCAUCUUGAAGCAAAGUUCUUAACCCAAGGUACUAUUUCUGGGUUAGCGGAGUCUGUAACCUGAAGCGUAUGUAACCCGAGGUACCACUGUAUUCCCAUAUUCAAAAGUCAUACGAGCAACAAUAAGGACUAGUAACUUUUAUUUUUAUUUUUUAAAGGCAAGAUUCUAACAACAGCAGACAGUAUAGAACCGAGGCUCACCUCUUCCUGUCCACAGCUUCAGCCUGCUGUUCUCCCACAGCAGGUUUGGGGAAGCUUUGGCCCUCCACAUGUUGCUGAACUCCUCACCCCCCGGCCGUAGGACAUGCUUGCUGGGGCUGCUGGGAGUUGUAGUUCAGCCACAUCUGGAGUGCCACAGGUUCCCUGUGUCUAGCUAGGACUACUGCAAUGCGCUCUAUGUGGGGUUACCUUUGAAGGUGACCCGGAAACUACAACUAACCCAGAAUGUGGCAGCUAGACUGGUGACUGGGAGUGGCCACCGAGACCAUAUAACACCAGUCUUGAAAGACCUACACUGGCUCCCAGUACGUUUCCGAGCACAAUUCAAAGUGUUGGUGUUGACCUUUAAAGCCCUAAACGGCCUCAAAGGCCCAGUAUACCUGAAGGAGCAUCCACACCCCCAUCAUUCUGCCCUGACACUGAGGUCCAGCCUUCUGGCUGUUCCCUCACUGCGAGAAGCCAAGUUACAGGGAACUAGGCAGAGGGCCUUCUUGGUAGUGGCACCUGCCCUGUGGAACGCCCUCCUACCAGAUGUCAAAGAGAAAAACAACUACCAGACUUUUAGAAGACACCUGAAGGCAGCGCUGUUUAGGGAAGCUUUUAAUGUUUAAUAGGUUAUGGUAUUUUAAUAUUCUGUUGGAAGCUGCCCAGAGUGGCUGGGGAAACCCAGCCAGAUGGGCGGGGUGUAAAUUAUUAUUAUUAUUAUUAUUAUUAUUAUUAUUAUUAUUAUUAUGAAGAAGAAGCUACUGUUCUCUUAAGGCCUAUGGGCACCUGCAGGAAUUUUUCCUGGGAGGGUCAAAGUAAAAGUAAAAGACUGGCAUAAGGAGCAGGUUAGUUUCACACCUGCAAAAAAAGUGAAUAAUAGUGCCCUAUAUAUUUUACCUUCCAUCUCAGUUUUUACAAGUGCUAGGAACUUACUCUGGAAACCGGGGAGCUGGAUAUCAUGGUUCUCAACUGCCCAUUUGCUCCCUACCCCACGGGUACACAUGCCCCCACCCACCCCCCAAUUAUUAAAACCUCCUUAUCCCCAACAGCUAUAAGAAGGGAGGAGUUGCUUCCGGGUUCAAGCAUGUGGAGACCAACAUGUACAAUAUCAAACGCCUCCUUCACGUCAAGGGGAGGAAACACGUCUCGGCUACAGAGGUAAGGAACUGAGCAAGUGCCUGGGGUUGGUUGCCAUUUGGUUGGUGGCAGAAAUUGCCAAUGUUCGCUUAUCCAUCCACUUCCAAAACAGAAAUCAAUCCAGUGAAUGUGAUUGGUAUUUGCUGCUGCUGUUGUUUUCACUCUGCAAGUCAUAUGUGAUUGGGGGCGGAAGGGAGGGGGAAUUUAACGCUUCCUCCUCGUUAAAAUGAAAGGUGCAGAAUUCUUUACAUUAUCCCACACCAUUCAUUUUGGUGCAAAGAAAGUAGCUGCGUAGAAAUUUGCCAUAGAAUAAGGCAACGGUAAAGGGACCUCUGACCGUUAGGUCCAGUCGUGGCCGACUCUGGGGUUGCGGUGCUCAUCUCGCUUUAUUGGCCGAGGGAGCCGGCGUACAGCUUCCAGGUCAUGUGGCCAGCAUGACUAAGCCGCUUCUGGAGAACCAGAGCAGCGCACGGAAAUGCCGUUUACCUUCCCACCAGAGCGGUACCCUAUUUAUCUACUUGCACUUUGACAUGCUUUCGAACUGCUAGGUUGGCAGGAGCAGGGACCGAGCAACGGGAGCUCACACCGUCGCGGGGAUUCAAACCGCCGACCUUCUGAUUGGCAAGUCCUAGGCUCUGUGGUUUAACCCACAGUGCCACCCGCAUCCCAAUUUGCCAUAGAAUACAAUGAGACAAAUGCUUUGUCAGAAGUCAAAUUGCAGCAGAACGGAAAGGGCACUGCCUGCAACAGAUACAGGAAACCGAUGCCUUCUGACACCCCUAAUCGCACCACCCUGCGUUCUUUCUUGUGGCUUCUUGUUUUAAAAAAUCCCUGUUCUUUUUCCUCCUGACAGGUAGAUCUCUCCUGGAACAGCUUCAACAAAGGCGACGUCUUCCUGUUGGACCUCGGCAAAGUCUUGAUUCAGUGGAACGGUCCCUCGUGCAACGUUGCAGAGAAAUCGAGGGUGAGUGCUGAAAAUCAGAGUGGCAUUAAUUCUGGCGCGGUUUUCGAGAAAUGGCAAUGCAUAGGUCCGUUGGUAGAACAUGAGACUUUUAAUCUCAGGGCCGUGGGUCGGAGCCCCACGUUGGACAAAAGAUUCCUGCAUCCCAGGGGGUGACUACAAUUCCCAUCAGGCUUUGGACUACAAUUCCCAUCAGUCUGUGCUAUCUGGGGCUGAUGGGAUUUGUAGUCCAAAACAUCCGGACUCCCAACUUCUAGGGGAGGCUGGAGGAGACAAUACAAUGUUAGAUUGACCAAUGGUCUGAUUCAGCAUUAUGCAUAUUGAUGCCUCCGUAAUCUUCCCCAUCUUCUAGGGCAUGGUCUUGGCGCGCAGUAUCCGGGACGGCGAGAGAGGGGGCCGUGCUCAGAUUGGCGUUGUCGACAAUGAGAAGGACUGCCCAGACCUCAUGCAGAUCAUGAAAGCGGUGCUGGGGGAGAGGCACGGGGAACUGCGGGAAGCAUUGCCUGACGAGAAAGCUGAUGAACUUCAGAAAGCCAAUGUCCGCCUUUACCAGUAAGUCUUGGGGAGUUAUUUCUCAGUUUCUUUCUCCCUCCCUCUCUCUCUCUCUCCAAAAAAAGGCAGGUGCCCAAAAUUGGCCUGUUUUCUUCAGGCUUGGGAAAUUUAAAAUGCAACUCCCGUUGAAUUUGAACCCCCCAAAUUCCGUGAUGGGAAAAGUGAUGUAGAUGUCUCGAGGACCUCCUUUAUAUCACUGUAAAUACCAGCUAAAGAUUACAGUCACGUUAGUCGCUGGUAAAGUGCCUUAAAUUUGUACAUGCUGUGUUCAAAUAUAAGCUUGCGAUCUAACAGGGCGCAACACAAAAGGAAAAAGCUGCGGGGAGGGAAGAGGAAAGCAGAUGUUGAAGCUGCUGCUCUUUCACUGGCCAAUGAGUGGGACCAUGCUGGUUUCUCCCUUGUGGUGAGGAGAUAUGGGACUGGUCAUAGGAAGUCAAAUUGGGCUUGGCAAGUCCAAUGGAAGGAAUCAAGGGCUGGCUUCACCUGGCAUAACUGAAAGCCCAUACCCCUGUAUAGGGGGCCUCCAUUCAGUCCUUUCCUGAUUUCUGACAUCAGAACCAAGCUUGGAGAAAUGUUGGCAGAUGGGGAAGGGAAAAUUUCGCACCAGGGGCGAGCUGUAUGAUUAAUAUAAAGUGUAGUUUGGCUCUUAGGUCUGAGGGUGAGAGUUUCAAGGAUGGCGUUCCAGCCAGACAAAAACUGUUCCAAGGGGUGCAAAGCACGGGUGGGGUGGGGCUGGCCUGUAGAGAGUCACAGGGGCCAGAUGGGGAGUGUUGGGGGGCCGCAUUAGCCUGAGGAUAACUGGAUAACUCCCCAAGGAAUGGGUGGCAUUUAGGCCUUUAGGGCUGAGGGCAAGGACUGUCUCCCGGCUCUCAGGCUCAAACCUUGGACAAGUCCUUAAGGAUUCCUCAGUCCAGUAUACCUGAAGGAGCAAUUCCACCCCCAUCGUUCUGCCCGGAAACUGAGGUCCAGCUCCAAGGGUCUUCUGGCAGUUCCCUACCUGCGAGAAGCCAAGUUACAGGGAACCAGGCAGAGGGCCUUCUCGGUGGUGGCACCCGCCCUGUGGAACGCCCUCCCACCAGAUGUCAAAGAGAAGAACAACCAUCAGACUUUUAGAAGACAUCUGAAGGCAGCCCUGUUUAGGGAAGCUUUUAAUGUUUACCCGACCACUGUAUUUUAAUACUUUGUUGGAAGCCGCCCAGAGUGGCAGGGGAGACCCAGCCAGAUGGGCGAGGUAUAAAUAAUAAAUUAUUAUUAUAUUAUUAUUAUUAUUCCUACUGUCCAUUUCCUCCUGCAGCGUCUAUGAAAACGGGAAGGAUUUAGUAGUUCAAGAAAUUGCUACCCGUCCCCUGACUCAAGACCUCUUGCAGCAUGAGGUAAGGUACCAAAUAGUCUGUGCAUAAUGGUUGUUGUGACAUCCUCUCUCUUUUGGUCCCCCUGUGAGAGUAUCCAUCAGUUUAGCAGAUAUGUGCCCUGGUCUACAAAGUCCUGGGUUCAAAUCCAGUGAAGGUUCUUGUCACAUACCCCCUUUAUUUUAACAGGACUGUCACAUUUUGGACCAGGGAGGUUUUAAAAUUUACGUCUGGCGUGGAAAAGACUCCAGCAAAGAAGAGAAGAAGGCAGCGUUCAGCCGAGCAGUGGUGAGUUGGGCGUUCAAAUAGCGGUGCAAAAAAAAAUAUGUGGGUUUUUUUAUUCCCCUUAAAAAGGGGGUGGGUGGGAAACUCAGUCAGAUCACGACAGGGACAUUCGGACACAAAGCAGGCGGAAACAGCUAACGGAGGUGUCUUGGCAUGGACAGAGUGCCAAAUCUGAAUCAGGGAGAGCUGGGUUCAGGUCUCUGCUCACGAGGCCAAUACCUGAAUCCACCUUGGAGGGUUCUUGCAAGAAAUGUAAAUAUAAUUAGGAAAUUAUUAACAAUGGGCAUUAUAAUUAGUGUCAUGCCCUAAAGAGAGAAACACAGAGUGAAGUUUUGAACCUGGCACAUGUUUGCGUGGCGAGUUCCCGCCCCCCCCCAGUGGAAAUAAAGUCACAUGACACAAUUAUUAAGGUUAAUGGGCUAAUUAAGGCCACAACUUUAUUGGUUACAGGUGAUGAGCGGUAUUGGCUUAGGCAUUGGUCAUAACAGACUAUAUCUGGCUUCAGCCCAUCUGCUUGAAGUGCAGGAAGGGUUAACCACCAGUAGGGGGAGUCCUGCUGAUGCACAUCAACUAGGAACUCCCCGGGGGCCACCGCAAGGGGGCGUGCCUUAGGCCCUCACCUCCAUAGGCUUCGGACAGGGCCACGCCCCCCGGAAUCCUUAUCGGACUACCCUUCAAUAUGUGGGGCAGGUGAUGGCGCUUCCUCCCCUCUUCCAUCUACAAAACAAUACCAAUACCAAUGCCUAACCGCCAAUACCCAGGAAGUUGUGACGAUUUGCUACGAGGUAGGUGAAAAUGAAGUGGCUGGUGCCAAUUUGCCAAGUGGAAAAAUUCCUACCAGGCCCCUUAAUGGCGACCAACCGAGGUCCAUAGCAAGGUCAAGGAACGAAAGCCUUAAAGGGUGGGAGGGUGGGAAACAGGAACAGCUGGUUUGCGGGAAAAGAGGGAGAUCCCCAGCCGCACCUGCGUUAAAUAGAGCAGGCCAUGCCCCCAGAGCCAGCCGAUUGGCUGGCUGGGGGGGUGACACGGCCAGGGAUUCAUCCAAUCGUGCAGGGGCUGGGCUCCAGCCCUGCGCACAUUGUGGGGCCGUGACACCCGCAAUCCCACCUCCUCUGCAGGGCGGAAGUGGCUUUGGCAAAUUAAAAGUCAAUGUGCAUAUGCUAAAUAAUAGCUGCAUCACUUGUCUUGUUUUUGAGAGUCCGGGCAAAGGGCAAAAAGUUCUAUAGGACCUGAAAGCUCCACCCCAAGUCCUUGUUCCAGCCUCCAUUUCCCCUUCCCUCCUCUGGGGAAUGCACAUGCCCUUAGCUGCCCUUAGCAGCCUUGAGGAGUAGAAUAGAAGCACUCUUUUUAAAACAAGAACAACAAGGCAGAAUGCUAAUAUUCCACUAAUAAUAUAAAUUCUUCACCCAGUACCAAACAUAUGCAUCUGCUUUGCAGUAACAGCACUAUAGGAUAUGAAUGUUUUCUUGACCAUCUCUGCACUCCGCAGGUGACUAAGUUAUAGAUUUGCAAAAUUAUUUCCCUUUGGUGAUUUGCUCACACAUCCUCGGGGUCCUUUUAGGGUUUCAUCCAAGCCAAAGGGUAUCCCGCCACCACGAACGUAGAAGUCAUGAACGACGGGGCGGAGUCGGCGAUGUUUAAGCAACUCUUCCAGAAGUGGUCGGAAAAAGACGAGACUCAGGGACUUGGCAAGACCUACAACGUUGGCAAAAUUGGUGAGACAGAAACACCCAAAUCUCUUUCCUUCCGGCAAAGGUUGACAUGAUGUUAAAUGCAUUUUUGCACUUAAUGAGCCGGGGUUUUUAUAUUUAAAAAAAUGCUAAUUGCUCCAGCCUUUUGGGGGGAGCGGGGGGAGGACAGUGAUAAUUAGGUCUGGGUCGCUCAGUUGCUUACAGCAUGGUGCCGAUAAGGCCAAGGUUGCAGGAUUGAGCCCAAUAUGGGACAACAGCAUAUUCCGGCACUGAAGGGGGUUGGACUAGAUCAGGCUUCCUCAGUCUCGGAGGCUUACAACUCCCAUGAUCCCUAGCUAGCAGGACCAGUGGUCAGGGAUGAAGGGAGAGCUCAUCUGCUGUAUGUGAGAGAGGCUACACACAUCCUAUAAAUAGGCAUGUCCCAGUCCUUAUGACAUAUAUUGCUUGCAGUGAAUGCGGUUCAGUCAGGUGAGAUAACAUCUCUCUGUGUUCUAUACGCAGCCAAAGUGGAUCAAGUCAAAUUUGACGUCACGCAGUUGCACGCGAGACCGGAGUUGGCUGCUGAACAGCGGAUGGCCGAUGAUGCCUCUGGAAACGUAGAGGUGAGUUCUUCUCCGCCCUACCUUGGUGCCAGCUCCAGAUUUUGGAGGAUAUUGGGCAAGACAUCAUUGCCAUUUAUCACCAGCCGCCAUUUAUCUCAUAUUUUUUAUUUAUUCAUCCAUUGCAUUUAUAUACCACCUUUAUCUUCCGAGGAUCUCAGAGUGGUGUCCAUGGUUCCCCUCUUCCCCAUUCCAUCCUCACAACAACCUUGUGGGGUAGGAUAGGCAAAGAGAUGGUGACUGGCCCAAGGCCACCCAGCCAUCUCUUCCCACCAUUGUCUGGGCCAGUGCCAGGGAGACAGGACAUGCAAGCAAGUUGCGAUAGUGUGAUGGCCUGGGACUCGGGACUCGUAACUAGAGGAGUCUCAGUCCGCACCAGAUCCUUUGACUCAGGCAUCACCUGAACCAAGUCUGGGGCCUGAUCCUGAAGAGCCCCAGUCUGCACAGGUUCCCCUGCAACAAACACCAGCUGGGCCGAGUCAGGGGCCUGAGCCUGCCCUGGCUCCAGAUGCGGGGAUGACCUCGUUGCCUCCAGCUGGGCCAUCACUUACAGCUGUUCCACUACUGGUUGAGUCAGGGGAGGCUGAGGCGGCCCCUGGGUCUAGUAACCCACCGACGUCUCCCGAGCUGCAGAGACUCAGGUCUGAGAGAAGGAAAGACCUGAGUACUCGCAGGAGGAGUGCUCACCUUCGGGCGAGACAGGGAGGUGAGUCACCGGGGGAUCAGGACCGGCCGUUACCCCAACAAAGAUAAAAGGCUGUCGGACCUUGCCCCAGGUUGCGGGAGCAAUAUUGCUGUAUGCUAGAUCCUGCCUGAGAUCCUGUACCUGUCCUUGCCUGGUUUCCUGCCAUGGCCCUGUCGGACUGACUCCUAGCAGAACCUUCGGAUUCUGGACGGGUCCUGGACCACGUUUCACUGGUUACCCCCGGGCCCAGCACAAAUAGUCAGGAAGGAGGAGGGCCAGGUCCAGAGGAUAUUUGUCCAUCGGUCUGUUACUGGGGUGCUGCAACCUCUGCGGGCGCCUGGCUGGGUUAAUAGCCUGCCUGCAAAUUUCAUCCAGUUCUUCCAACGACAACAAAGAAAAACCACCACGACUGUAACGAUGCCCAACACAGAGACAAAAUCCUGCACCUGUUUGACCAGAUAGUUUUCCUUGGGCAUGAGAAGAAGCAAUAGGCAGGAAAGGACAGCCAUUUCUACUCACUGCUGUUUUCACCAGCUGGGCCAAGAGGUCAUCAGUUCUACGUGCUCUGGGACAAGGUGAAGUGUGGCCAUCUGCUGGGGGGGCGAGGGCGAGGUAUCAGCUGGGCCCCCGUGAUGAAGCUGGCAUAUGGCUGGGAUAGCUCAGUUGGUAGAGCAUGAGGCUUGUGAUCUCAGGGUUGUGGGUUCAAGCCCCACACUGGGCAAAAGAUUCCUGCAUUGCAGGGGUGCAUGAGAUGACCCUCAUGGUGUUUUCCAGCUCUACAGUUCUAUGAUAUUCCUGUUAGGCCUCAGAAAGCCAAUGGCCCACUUUGUAAAGUCCACCUGCGUUCUCAGAGCCACCUAGGCCUACUUUGUCAACUGUAAGCAGAACCUCGCAACAUUGAGACUUGGAUGGCCGAGUUCACUUGUUUUCCUCUUCCCUCCCCACCCUUUUUUCCUUUUGUGCCAUUUCUUUUUUCCGAUUGUAAGCCCCAGGGGCAGAGUCGGUGUAAUUUCUACCGAAUUGUAUUGUGCUGAGGGAUGUUUUCAAGCCGAAGAGCAGGGUUCAGAUGCUUUAAAUAAGAAACAAAUAGGCACAUUUCUGAGAACAAAUGUUGCUUUAAAUUAGCCAGCCCAGCGUUUUCUAAACUGUGCACACCACCUCAUCCCCACAACCCUGAAUUCCUAACUCUGUGCUUCUCUCUAUAGGUGUGGAGGAUUGAGGAUCUAGAAAUGGCCCCGGUUGCCCCCAGGACCUACGGGCAGUUCUAUGGCGGGGAUUGUUACCUCAUCUUGUACACCUACACAAAAUUAGGCAGGCCUCAUUACAUCAUCUACAUGUGGCUUGUAAGUAAUGGCUGAGAUCAAGAGGUGUGGUUUCAUUAUUUGGCCGUGUCCUCUGAGAAGGUGAAUCGGGCCUGGUGGAACGCUGGUGUUUUUACAUCUUAACCCUCCUGUUUUCUUAGUGACUUUGAAAAUCGACCUACAGCUUAAAGUGGAGAGUGCAGACUGCUAGAGGCUGUUUGGCUCCAGAGUGUAGCAUACAGAGAGAGCAGGAAUUCCUCAAUUUUUCAUACUGUUAAACUGUCAGGUUCAAUCAAAUUAUUAUUAUUAUUAUUAUUAUUAUUAUUAUUAUUAUUAUUAUUGCCCUGCCCAUCUGGCUGGGUUUCCCCAGCCACUCUGGGCGGCUCCCAACAUCAUCAUCAUAAUGUGACAAAAUAUCAAAUAUUAAAAACUUCCCUAAACAGGGCUGCCUUCAGAUGUCUUGUAAAAGUCAGAUAGUAGUUUAUUUCCUUGACAUCUGAUGGGAGGGCGCUCCACAGGGUGGGCGCCACCACCGAGAAGGCCCUCUGCCUGGUUCCCUGUAAUUUCGCUCCUCGCAGGGAGGGAACCGCCAGAAGGCCCUCGGAGCUGGAUCUCAGUGUCCAUGCUGAAUGAUGGGGGUGGAGACGCUCCUUCAGGUAUACUGGGCCGAGGCCAUUUAGGGCUUUACAAGUCAGCACCAACAUUUUGAAUUGUGCUCACAACGAGUUGCAUUUAACAUAGCACUAAGCAAAUUGUUCCGUUAGUCCAAAUAUUUCUCCUUGCAUAACAGAAUGCUCUCCCCUUCUCCCCCAGCCCCCUAAAUCUGUUCUGGGGGUCCCUCAACCCUCCAGAGCAGACUUGGGGAUGUUGCAGUGGGCACAGGCAAGGAGAGAAAGUCCUGUUGCACUUGUACUAAUCUUUGCACUAGCACUUGCAAAAUUAUUCAGUUGAGUUCACGUAAAACCAAGUAAAUAAAAGCCAGAAUCCAUUUUCUUUAAUGCAGUUAAACCAAGGGAUGAACUGUGAAAUUGUUCUAACUGUAUGCCACAACUUUGCAGCAAAUGCUUUCUUAAGACCCACCCAAAUUAUCCGGAUGCACCCUAUGAUACAAAAACGGCCUUAUAUCAUCCAGCUCUUCAAGGACCAAGUCUAGCCCAAGCUAAACCAACUAUUAGACACCCCACACUUCCCGGAGUGAGUCCUCUUGCGGUGCUGGGCAGUUUUCUUCCCUCUGGGGUGAGAAUUAAGGGUGUUGGAGAAAUCUGUUGAGAACUGAAAUGGGGACAGUUUUCCUCACUAGGGUGAGAUGUCUCUCCCCCCCCCGCCCCAUUUUAUUAUAGUAAUUGUUUCUACAUUUGCACCUAUUGACAUAAAUUUCACUGUGCAAAUUGGUUACCUCUCUUCUUAUUUUAGAGGGGCGGGUGACACAUUCCUUCAUUGGGGGCCAUGCCUAAGCAGGCCACCACCCUAAAGCUUGUCAUCUAGUUCCCUCUAAGUCAGGCUUCCUCAACCUCGGCCCUCCAGAUGUUUUUGAGACUAUAAUUCCCAUCAUCCCUGACCACUGGUCCUGCUAGCUAGGGAUCAUGGGAGUUGUAGGCCAAAAACAUCUGGAGGGCCGAGGUUGAGGAAGCCUGAUCUGGAGGGCCGAGGUUGAGGAAGCAUGCUCUAAGUUAUAUUCUCCAAGCUUUACAAAGCUCACGAAACAGCCCUCCCUCCCUUCACCUUCUCCGGUUUUGCCAGCCAUUUUGGGUGACUCCUCCUCGGGUCUGAACAACACUGCAUAUCUGAGGGUGUCCCCCUUGUUCCUCUUCAGGGCCGCCAUGCCUCGGCGGAUGAAAUCACUGCCUGCGCCUUCAACGCUGUGGAGCUGGACAAAAAAUACGGGGAUGAGCCGGUGCAGGUUCGAGUGACGAUGGGGAAGGAGCCGAGACACUUCCUCUCCAUCUUCAAGGGGAAACUGAUCAUCUAUGAGGUAGGCUCUCCCGGUCCAAAGCCCACACCCACCAAGGGACCUCAGAGUCUCUUAUUUCUCAGCCUCCCUCCAUUCCCCCCUUCCUCUCUCUCUAAGGAGAGCAAAACUCCACAUCUUUAAAACAAAAGUGGCUAUAAUACUAUUUCCCCACCCAACAGGGCCUUCCUGGGGGUGGCUCCACAGUCGUAGAACUCUCUCCUUUCUCAUUUGCUUGGUCCUUUCCAGGAGGCCAUAAUCUAUUUAAAGUUGCCUGUCUUUAACACACUUCAGGCCAGCCUUUCUCAACCUGUGGGUCCCCAGAUGUUGUUGAACUGCAACUCCCUAGCUAGCAAGGCCAGAGCUCAGGGAUGAUGGGAGUUGUAGUCCAACAACAUCUGGGGACCCACAGGUUGAGAACCGCUGCUUUAGAUGAUCCAAUUCAAUAUUUCCAUGUGUUAUGUGUUCCUCUUCCAGAUCAUUGCGGAAAAGCAGUGGCUCAACAAGGAAUUGGGCAGAUCUGUCCAUUUCCAUAUCUCAUUUUUCCAGUCUUCUGUUUCCCCCCAUUUCUACAUCAGAUUAUGAUACUCUUUUUACAGUGCAUUGUGAAAAUUUCACCAAAAGUUCAUGUUAAUUUCUCUUAACGUGCAAAACCUUGCCCAAUGUGCACGUUGCCGCAAGGAACUUUUCCUGAUACAAUCCAUUUUUGUACACCUAUUUUUCCUGAUAUCUGUAUUUUUUGUAUGCACUUUCCCCUGGUGUACACACUUUCUUGUAUACCCCUCUUGGCUGGAAGACUGCAUCACCAGAAAUGGGAGACACGUGAAUUUUUGCACAUUGCUUGAGGAAGUGCAAGUUUAGAAGAGUUUGCAUUGAGAUGCCAACCAAAUGGAUUUCUGCUUCACGGAUUUCUUUGUUUCUUCCAGGGAGGCACAAGUCGUGCCCAGAAGAGCGAGCCGGAGCCCGCCGUCCGGCUCUUCCAAGUGAGGGGGACAGAUGAAUUCAACACCAAGACCGUCGAGGUCCCAGCACGAGCCUCCUCGCUCAACUCCAACGAUGUCUUCCUUCUCAGGACCAACCAAAUGUGCUACCUGUGGUGUGGAAAGGUAGGUGAAUUUUAGGGCGUAUGCUCCAGCGUACGCCAAUCUUGUGUCCCCAUCCCCUAAAACUCCCACCAUUCCCAGCAAGCUUGGCCAGCAUCCAGGGAUGAUGGAAGUUGUGGUCCAACGAAGUCUGGUGGCCCAAGGUUGAAGAACGCUGCUCCAGAUGACCUCUUUACUGAGCCUUCCUUGCGCAGUGCUUAUGUGAAGACUAGGUUGUAUUUGGUCUUCCUUGAGAAUUUGUUCCGAUUUGUUUGCAGGGAGAUUAUUCAGACAAUGGGCACUCGCAGGAUGUUUAUGCAUUCAUUCAUCCCACCCUUUUCUGAUGCAUUUUCCCAUCACUUUCCUAACCGCAAAAGGAUCAGUUUCCUUUUUUUUUGAAGUACCGUAUUUUUUGCUCUAUAAGACACACCAGACCACAAGACGCACCUAGUUUUUGGAGGAGGAAAACAAGAAAAAAAAUAUUCUGAAUCUCAGAAGCCAGAACAGCAAGAGGGAUCCCUGCACAGUGAAAACAGCAAUCCCUCUUGCUGUUCUGGCUUUUGUGAUAGCUGUGCAGCCUGCAUUCACUCCAUAAGACGCACACACAUUCCCCCUUACUUUUUAGGAGGGAAAAAGUGAGUCUUAUAGAGCAAAAAAUACGCUAGAUUUCUUGUACUAGGGCAGUGGUUCUCAAACUUGUUUUUUCUCUGGGCCACGCUUUCAGAAUAAAAAUUUGCUCGUGCCACAGUGAAUUUUUCUAUCAAUAAGAAAUACGCUGGAAAACAAAAAGAAACAACUUCCAGCAGUGCCUGAUUUGUAACAUAGAACAUAACUACUUUAUAUUAUGAUCAUGGGUAAAGCAAUGCAGCUACGUAUUCUGCAAAUUAAAAAAUAUGUUGAUACUAUACUGAAAUGUUUGAAUGUUUCUGUUAUUGUCCUUGAACCUUUCCGCCAUUCUCUCCUGCUCCACCUUUUGAGAACCACUACACUAGAGUGAUAGAGUCCUUUAAUCCACUUUAAUUGCUCAGACCUACAUUUCCCAGUACAGUGGACGCUCGGGUUGUGAACGUGAUCCAUGCGGGAUGCACUUUCACGACCUGCAGCAUUCGCAACCCGCAGCAGUGCAUCUGCACACACGCAGGUUGCGAUUCAGCGCUUCUGCACAUGCGUGACUGCCGAAACCCAGAAGUAACCUGUUCCAGUACUUCCGGGUUUCAGCCGUCCGUAACCCGAAAAAACGCAACCUGAAGCGUCUGUAACCCGAGGUAUGACUGUAUACAGAGGCACACUGACUGUCAGGCUUCGGGGAAUUGGCUUCCUCCCCCAUGGCAGUAAAUAAGAAGAUCAAACGAAAGGAACGUCUUACCAGUUACAGUAGAUUCUUUACUAAUCACAGUGAGAGACAAAAGAACACGUCACCCUAGAAAUGGCAGUGCUCCCAAUUAAGGCUACCUCGCCUCCCGUCCCUUUUAAUCUACAUCAAUCCUAUGCCUUGUAAUCUGAGCUUGUAGCCUCUGUGCUUUCUGUUCUGAGACUUUCUGAGCGCUUCUCAACCUUGGGGAGGGCAGUGGAGGAAUGCUGUCCAACGACUGUGAAUCCGUUAACCCUCUCUCCCCCAGUGUUUCUUCUUCUAGCUGUUCCCCAUCCAGUAUUUCCCAGCUUCUGCCUUCUGAACUAUGCCCCUCUGCAAACCACUGCUCCAAAUCUAUGCUGUCUUCCUGCUCCUGGGAAGAUCCAUGAUUCCUCCUCAGUGCAGACUUCCUCAGGACGCUCCCUGACACUGACUGAGUGCAGAACCCCCAGUUGUGUGGAGCAGGGCCACAGACCCUGUGGGUCCCAGUUCCACAAGUGUCCCACCCUCCCCCUGGCGUUUUGUGCCGACUCCUCAUUUGCUCUGGUUUUGUGCUGCCUCUCCAGGGGUGCAGUGGGGACGAGAGAGAGAUGGCCAAGAACGUGGCCGACAUUAUCUCCAAGAGAGACAAGCAGACCGUGCUAGAGGGCCAGGAACCAGCGGAGUUCUGGGUCGCGCUUGGAGGCAAAGCCCCCUACGCCAGCGAUAAGAGGUAAGAGAUGCCUGGUUCUGUAGUCUCUUCAGAGAAUGGGUGUGAAUAAACCUGAAAAGAACAUCAGGUCCGAGGUUCAAUUCCCGACAUCUCUAGGUAGGAGUGGGAGAGACUCGCUGCCUUAAACCCUGGAAAGCCUCUGCCAGUCAGUGUAGACAACACCAAGCAAGAUGGUUGAAGGGUCUGACUCAGCAUAAGGCAGGUUUCUGUAGCCGCAAAUGCCCACCCACAGACUUGAGGUUAACACAGCUUGCCAGUGGCAAGGCAGGAGAUAAAAAUACAUAUACAAUAAGAGCGUAUGUGUGUUUCGGUGUGUGUUUUCACAGCACAUAACGCUGGGUAUCCAGAGUAAUAUGCAGUCGUACCUCAGAAGUCGAACGGAAUCCGUUCCGGAAGUCCGUUCGACUUCCAAAACAUUCAAAAACCAAGGCGCGGCUUCUGAUUGGUUGUAGGAAGAUCCUGCAGCCAAUCGGAAGCCUCGGAACCCGCAUCAGAUGUUCGGGUUCCAAAGAACGUUUGCAAACCGGAACACUCACUUCCAGGUUUGCGGGAUUUGGGAGCCAAAACGUUCAAUUCACAAGGCGUUCGACUUCCGAGGUACAGCUGUUCUUUUCCCACCAAGCCCUGACGCCUUUGCAGAAGGAAACGCAAGGAAGUCAUUUGAAAGCUCUCAUUCCGAUAUCUAAGUCGAUGUGUCAAGGGCAUAGAUAAUUUGGUGGCGGGACACACCCACCCACACCAACUUUGUCACCUCUUAUUUUUAUUUUAUUUUAUUUUACAGUGGUACCUCGGGUUACAUACGCUUCAGGUUACAUACGCUUCAGGUCACAGACUCCGCUAACCCAGAAAUAUUACCUCGGGUUAAGAACUUUGCUUCAGGAUGAGAACAGAAAUCGUGCUCUGGCGGUGCGGCAGCAGCAGGAGGCCCCAUUACCUAAAGUGGUGCUUCAGGUUAAGAACAGUUUCAGGUUAAGAACGGACCUCCGGAACAAAUUAAGUACUUAACCCGAGGUACCACUGUAUUUAAAAAAACCCUCAUGGGACAAACGCUCACUUUGGAUCGCUGAACAACAUUAACCUUAAAACAUACAAAUCUACGUCCACCGUUAGGAGGUUGGCAUCCUGAUUGGUAGCGGUUUAAAAGGCCCACAGCUCACUUUCUUCCCAAUUAGGAGUUAGGAGCCUGACCUCUAGUGGUUAGAAUCGGCGUCGGAUGUUAGAAAGGGACUCGGCUUCAUCUCAUGCAGAGUCUCUCCCUCCCCAAUAUUGCAUCAUCCAGGUUCCAAGAGCAGUUUUCCCAGUACCAGCCCCGCUUGUUCGAGUGCUCCAAUCAGACGGGCCGGUUCAUCAUGACGGAGAUUGUGGAUUUUUGCCAGGAUGACUUGGACGAGGAUGACAUCAUGCUGCUGGACACCUGGGAGGAGGUCAGUGGAGAUGAGCUAUUGCUUCCGCAGAGGAGUUUUCCAAGCGUUCUGCUGCCACUGAGGCAGGUUUGCAUGCAUGCCUUGGGCGUGGAUGCAAAAGCUCCCUCCAGAAUGAACAGGGUGUUCUUCUCAGUAAUAAAUACCCGUCGCUCAUUGAAUGAUCUUGUCUAGAACAGAGAUAGGGAACCUCAUCUGGCUGGUGGGGCCAGAUCCUUAUCUUCCCUACCCUCUUUGCACCCACCUGUCCAUCACUUGGUGUCACAAUGUCGUCAUGCAAUGAUUGCUGGAACUUCAAGGUAUCUCACAGGGCUUGCAAUGAGCCCUGUGGGGUGAUUGGAAGCACCGUUAUUCAGCAGGCUUGAAGUCUCCACCCAUCAGCUGGUGGUGGUGACUUCAAGCCUGCUUUCUGCAGGUGUCGGUUGUUCCAUGAGGAACUUGGUCCUGCAGCUAAUUCUCUUUUUUAUAUUACAUUUUUAUUAAAUUUUCUAUUUUUUUAAAAAAAUAAUUUUUAUUACAUUUUCAAUUUUUUGUAAUCACAAUAUACAUACAUAAAUCAAUAGGCUCAAACAUCGCUCUAUCCGCGCAUCCACCUCCUCCCACCCCUCUUUCUGACUUCCAUACGUAUUUACUUUAUUCUUAGCAUUUCUAUAGCCACUUUUUUACCUUCUCUCUUAUUUUUAUAUUUCCCCUCAUUAAAUGUAAAUCAGUUCCUUGUAUUGUCAUUACAAAAGAUUUCAACUCAAAAUAAAAAUCCCGGAGUCGUGGAGGGAGGCCUAUAUUACCUUAAUUCCUAAACAAGGUACACACGUAACCCAAGUUUAUUAAAUUUUCUAAUUUACAUUUCAAAAUAUUCAUUUAAACAACCUUAAAUCAAUGACUUCCCUUCUUCAUUUUCCGUAGUUCAUUUUGCAUACCAUACAUCCCUGUAUAUUUUACAUGAACUAAACCAUUCGGUAAUCCAUUGUUACAUCCAUCAAAACUCAUUUACACUGUUGAAUUUAUCUUAACGCUACCAGCGUUUUUAAAUAAAUACAAUUUUCACCCAUAUAUUCAGUAAACAUUUUCCAGUCUUCUUUGAACAUACAUUCUUCUUGCUCUCUUAUUCUGUAAAUUAAAUCUGCAAGCUACGCAUAUUCCACCAGCUUAAGUUGCAAUUCUUCUUUAGAUGGGACCUUGCUCAUUUUCCAUUUUGGGGCUAACAAAACACGGGCCGCAGUAGUAGCAUACAUGUUGUUGUUGUUGUUUAGUCAUUUAGUCGUGUCCGACUCUUUGUGACCCCAUGGACCAGAGCACGCCAGGCACUCCUGUCUUCCACUGCCUCCCGCAGUUUGGUCAAACUCAUGCUGGUAGCUUUGAGAACACUGUCCCACCAUCUCGUCCUCUGUCGUCCCCUUCUCCUUGUGCCCUCCAUCUUUCCCAACAUCAGGGUCUUUUCCAGGGAGUCUUCUCUUCUCCUGAGGUGGCCAAAGUAUUGGAGCCUCAGCUUCAGGAUCUGCCAUUCCAAUGAGCACUCAGGGCUGAUUUCCUUCAGAAUGGAUAAGUUUGAUCUUCUUGCAGUCCAUGGGACUCUCAAGAGUCUCCGCCAACAACAUAAUUCAAAAGCAUCAAUUCUUCGGCGGUCAGCCUUCUUUAUGGUAGCAUACAUAAAUAACCUUUUUUAACACCUGGGAAUUUCCCUCUGAAUUAUCCCCAACAUAAAGGGCUCUGGAAAGUUACUUUUAAACAUUAUUUCUUUCAAUUCAUUAUAUAUCAUUUCCCUGCAGCUAAUUCUCUAUCUGGCAUCACAUACGACGUCAGGUGUGUGGCAAGUGGGCCUGGUUAGGGGGAAGUGAGCCAAAUUGGGGCAGAGUUUCCCCAGCCUUUUUCUAGGGGGAAUAAAUAACUCUUCCUCUUUCUUUUCCAUCUCCCGUUUUCCGCCUGUAGAUUUUCCUUUGGGUUGGCAAAGCCUCCAACGACUAUGAGAAGAAGGAGUCCAUGACCUCAGCCAAAGAGUACCUGAAGACCCACCCAGCGGGAAGAGACUUGGGGACACCGAUUAUUGUGGUGAAACAAGGUCACGAACCCGUCAACUUCACGGGCUGGUUCACCGCUUGGGACCCGUACAAGUGGAGUGUAAGUAACCGCAAGUAAAAACAUCUCUGCGCUGAGGCCAUAGUUUGGUAGCCUGUUUUUAAUUCCACAGAAAGUUGCACAUUUCAAGAGCUCUUUCUCGUUCCACUAGGAACUGGGCUGCUCUGCCUCAGCUUCUGUGACACCUGAGCAGGCAAGCCAAUGAGAGCCAGCAAAUUGGUGACUCCUCCCUCUCACCUGGGCAAGCACCAUGACAGCAGAGCAACACGUCUACCAUUUUGCUGCUAAAUGAUGCUCACUCAAUGUGCAUGUUCGCUAGAACAGGAGUGGGGCAGCUUUUUUGGCCUGAGAGCUUGGUCCAGAAUUGGACCGCACACUGCAGGGCAGUUUUAACAGGUGGGCAACGCUACCUGUCUGGUAUCAUAUGGUGCAGUGAAGGCUGGUUCAUCAGGGCAAAUGGAGCACUGUGCUACCUUCUUCUUUGGCGAUCCCUCGUAGCAGAGUAAAAUUGUCUUCCAUAAACACAGUCUUAACAUUGAGUCCGUAAGUGACUGUGGAGGCCAAUUCUGGAUCCAUAUGUCCUUCCACAGUGGGGACUAUAGGUUUCCAGGCGGGAGUUGAUCACGGUGAGGGUUUGCCAAACGUGCCUUCCUCUGAGAACAUUUCUCCCUUUCAUCCUGAGUUUGAGUGUCUUCAAAGCCCAGAACACCUUUGGUAAAGGCUGUUCUCCAAUUGGAGCGCUCGCAGGCACGCCAGUGUCUCCCAGUUGUGGGUGUUUAUACUACAUUUUUUAAAGAUUUCCCUUGAGAGAGUCUUUAAACCUCUUUUGUUGACCACCAGCAUUACGCAUUCCAUUCUUAAGUUGGGAAUAGAGUAGCUGUUUUUUUGGAAGACAAUAAUCAGGCAUCCGCACAACAUGACCAGUCCAAUGAAGUUGAUGUUGAAGAAACAUGGCUUUGACACUGGUGAUCUUUGCUUCUUCCAGUACAGCUUCAGCUGCUUCCACCUGCCUGCCUCCUUCCUUACAACCAGCCCAGAAGGUGCCCUUGCCUCUCAACUUCUUCUUCCUCCUUAGUCUGUGUUGCCUUUGCAGAACUCAGCAAGGAGGAAGGGGACAAAACAAGAAUUUGUUGGCUCUGCCUGCCAUUGACUCUGGCGCCACCUACUGUCGGCUUCCUGCCUUAUACCCCAUCUGCCCCAAUGACCACCAGACACUACUGCUUAAGUGCUGAUUCGGAAAACAAGGUCUCGCGUCAAAGUUGCAACCGCCUUGCUCUUUGGGUAACUAAGGCUUCCUUGCAGAUAUCAUAGCAGCGAUUUUUCUUUCCUUUCCUCUCAGGAUGGCAAGUCGUCCUACGAGGAGAUUAAGAGCAGCUUGGGGAAAGUAGCCACCAUUUCGGAGAUCACCAUGGUGAGUAAGCCCAGGGUGGAAGCUGCAGCUUCCUUGAGCAAACGUUGCAUCUGUCUCUUUACAGCAGGGGCCGGAAACAUUGUCAAUCAGUGGGCGGGGCCGGCCACUUGUCAAUCACCUGACGUCACAACAGUGUCAGGUGACCGGAAGUAAACCUCUUCCUUUGUGGGCACAGCUUGAGUUACGACUGCAUAGGAAGGUUCUUUGCAUGACUGGCUUGCAUCAAGUCCAGAUCCCAGCUGGCUUGCUGUGAGCACCAACUACCGUAUUUUUCGCUCUAUAAGACGCACCAGACCACAAGACGCACCUAGUUUUUGGAGGAGGAAAACAAGAAAAAAAAUAUUCUGAAUCUCAGAAGCCAGAACAGCAAGAGGGAUCGCUGCACACUGAAAGCAGCAAUCCCUCUUGCUGUUCUGGCUUCUGGGAUAGCUGCGCAGCCUGCAUUUGCUCCAUAAGACGCACACACAUUUCCCCUUACUUUUUAGGAGGGGAAAAGUGAGUCUUAUAGAGCAAAAAAUACGGUAGCUGGCCAGCGCUUUGAGCCAACCUGAUUCCAUCAGGGUUAGACUGUGCUAGGGGGUUCCCCAUCGACAACUCCACCGUUCAGGCUCUCACAGCAGCCACGUGCCAUUUUAGGGGGUGAAACUUAAAUUUUAGCAAAUUUCUUUUCUUGUUUUCUUUUUUAAAUUUUUAUUAAUUUUCUUUUUUCUCAUUACAAAUAUACUUAUAACAUACAAUUUACAUAACGUCUCUCCCUCCCUCCCUUUGGACUUCCCUCAACUUCCAUUUCUGAUUUAUUAUCCUCAUUAUUAUAUUCUGCUAUUUUCUACAAAUAUCAUAUUUUUCCAUUUAUUACAUUAUUUAUUCCCUAGCCAUAAAGUUGUGAAUGUUUAUUUAAAUCCUACCAUCAAGUCAAUGUUCUUUCUUUGUUUCUGAAAAUAUAAUAUAAAGCGUUCCCACUCUUUUUCACAAAAAAUUGCAAAUUUCUUCAGUGAAGGGUCCUUUGGGUGUAAGGAAUUCAAAUUUGCUAUUAUUUUUGUGACUGGACAACAUUUAGCUCGGUGAGUCUACAUUUAAUGAAGAAGCCCAUAAACUGCCUUUGGAAAACCAAAUAAUUUUAAUUUUACCUUCUGAAAAUGUCAGGUAACGCUAAAUACUACUACUACUACUGCUACUAAAUAUAUAAUAUACCUGCAAGUACUUGGCACUUUAAUGAUUUCUAUGCAAUUUUAAUGCACAUUUUACUUACCGAGCAAAACUAAAUUGUGCUAAUUUAACCGAAAUAUAUUUUGAAUCCCUAAGCCGUGUUACUUCUUAGCAUGCCUUGUUUUUGGAAUUUGAAAGUUGAGAAAUUCAGUAUGCGGCCCUAACGCUGUACGGCUUGAUCAGUGUUAAUAGCAAUACUCACUUGCCAAGGAACCAUCAGAGGCACACUUUAAAGUUUCCCAGUUGUUCAUUGGCCGGAUGGGACAGGUGGGUGUGGUUCUGAGGAAAUGACCUCAUUGGCCGAACAGAUCCCCUUGCCGGGCUGAUUUGGCCCAUGGACCAGCGGUUGCCCACCAUUCCUUGACAGCCUGAACUUGUGUAAAGCAAAGGGGGUCUUCAUGUAAGUGCCCAGUGGCACUCAGGAAGCAGAAGGUUCCAGGUUCAACCAUCAUCUCCAGGUAGAGGCUGGGAGAGACUCCUGGUCUGAAACCCUGGAGAGCUGUUGCCAGUCAGUGUAGACAACACUGCGCUAGGCGUGGCUCAGUACAAGGCUAUUUCCUAGGUGCAAAAGGGUGCUGCAAGAAGCUUGAACUUCACUGCCUGCCGAAGGCUGGCUCUCACAUCCUGCCGAAAUCUGAGGGCUGGCCGAAUGUGGUGUAGCCUUAUUAAAUUUUACCGAUUGGUGGGCUCUGCGUUGCUCCCGGACGGGAGGAAGGAAGUCAAAUGACACUGAGGGUUGGUUCAGAGAAAGAGUUCUUUAUUUCUGCUCUCCGGAGCAGCAGAAAGGCACUUACGUGGUCAGUCCACAGCAAGUCCAAAGAAAUGAGAAAUUUCAUGCAAUAUAUAUAUCCUCCAGGUACCCUCUCCCCCCUUCCCCAGGAAUCCAGCCAAGUCAGCUUGUACAUGCAGGUUGACAUCACAGAUGUUCUUGCUCCGGUACUCUUAACCACAAAAGGGUUUUCCUUCCUGUACUUCUGACCAUAAAAGGGUAUUCCUGUUCCUAUACUCUUAUCUUGGAGCAAGAGGUCACCAACUCCAAGAACACACUCUGGCGCUGUUCCCGGACUAGGUCUGUGUGUCAGAGUGUGGUAAGAUAAGACCCAGACAUGUCAUCCCUACUCCACUGGAACAGCCAAGGUCGUCCAUUGCCGUGACUGAUAAAGGAGAGAGCUUUGUUUAUACAGCUGUGUUCUUGUUAUGCAUUUGCUCAACAGCUCAAGUUCAUGCAUUUUAGAAAUGCUCUCUUGCAGAAAGAAGAAAAGGGGGGUUUUGCGUCCCGUUUCAAACUGACUGCACAGAAACCCAUUCCUUCAGUGGCAAGGAACUUCUGACUGGCCAAUGCUCCUUAGCAAGGUGUGCUUGCCCCAUGUGAAAUGUGCAGAGUGUCCUCCUGUUCACGGGCUUUUCCUAUAUUUUUGCAGGACCUUAAAAAUGCCAACGUGAACAACAGGAAUGCCAGCAGUAAGCCUGCCCCCAAUUCAGCCAUUUCGGAGACUGAAAGGAGGUCACCAGUACACCAGCCUCCCUCCAGUAAUGGUGGUGGCAGUGGCAGCUACAACAACAAGAACCCCACCUCCGUGGAGACCAAUGGGACUGGCGCAUAUCACAGAGAUGCUUUGAUCAACAAGACGGUAGAUGACCUUCCAGAGGGAGUGGACCCCACCAAGAAAGAGGUAGGUGAACACACACCGAAUAUUGUUUACCUUGCCGAUUGAGCGGCGCACUCCCUGGUCGUUUCUCACACUGUUUUCACCCAACCACUGUGGCUAACAUCGCUGGCACAGGAAGCAGCUAUGUGAAAAGGGCAGCUCGCAUGAACAACACAAUGAGGCACUUAAAUGACACAUUUGAGUGCAGUCAGGAGAGGGUGUUGGGAAUAAGUCGCACAGAAUAAGGGAGGUUAAUGUUUUAUUAAAAGGAACAAGAUCUGUUCAGGAACGCCAGGCCUAAGGAGCACAGCAAUAAGGUAGGUCUUGCGCCUAUGAGAGCCAGCGUGGUGUAGUGGUUGAGAGAGGUGGACUCGUAAUCUGGUGAACUGGGUUCGCUUCCCCGCUCCUCCACAUGCAGCUGCUGGGUGACCUUGGGCUUGUCACACUUCUCUGAAGUCUCUCAGCCUCACUCACCUCACAGGGUGUUUGUUGUGGGAGAAGAAAGGAAAGGAGAUUGUUAGCCACUUUGAGACUCCUUCGGGUAGUGAUAAAGCGGGGUAUCAAAUCCAAACUCUUCUUCUUCUUCUAUGAGUCAGUUUGGAAACCAAAGGUCCCCUGGUCUUGCAUGCAAGGGACAUUAGGACGUCAGAAGAUGCCGUGCUGGACCAAGACAGAGGCCUUUUGAGGCCAGCGUCCUGUUUUCUAAGCAGCCAUCCAGGUGCUUAGGGAGUGCAAGGUCCUUGUGAGUGGUAGCCACGCAUAGCUUUAUGGCCACAUACCUAAUCCUCUUUUAAAGGCCCCUGAGCUGGUUUUUAAGACGGUGAAUGUGCCACAAUCCUUGGUAUGCGACAGGCUGAAAAUUCCUGCCACCCGCUUGAUCUCAAGAAAGGUUAAAAAGUGGUUGGACUGCAGAUUGACCCUAAUGUUGGUAGUUUCUCGCCCCAAAUGUACCAUAUAUUGGAGGCAAGUAUGUUAGGAGGACCCGAUAUGUGUCUCUGCUUUCUUUAUCCACUAGGUGGUGCUGUGUGUUAUUGUUAUUGUUAUUACUACUACUACUACUGCUACUACUACUAUUACUACUACUACUACUAUUAUUAUUUUAUCAUCAUCACCAUUAUCAUCAUCAGUGCUUUUUUUUCUAAAAAAUGUUUAGGGGUACUCUCAUUUUGACUCAAGAAAACCGCCAUUUAUAGUUCAAUUGGGGGAAAAUAAAUACAGUAAAUGGACAAAAGUACAAAGAUUCACAAAAUGUUUAGGUGUAUGCGUACCUCUGCAUACACCCAGAAAAAAAACACACUGAUGAUGAUGAUGUUGAUGAUUUCAUUCAAGUUGUAUACCGCCCUUCCUUUGCAGAUCUCGGUGCGGUUCACAACAUAAAAAUACAAUAUUAUUAGAAAAUGCAUAAUAGAAACAAGAACAGAACAAACCAAUAACCCCUCAGGCUUCUCCCCUCACAUGUAUCCCUUUCCUCUCACUCUCUUUGCAGUACUACCUGUCUGACGCAGAUUUUUAUGACAUCUUUGGGAAGACCAAGGAUGAGUUCUACCAGAUGCCCAGGUGGAAGCAGCAGAAUGAGAAGAAACAAUUUGGACUCUUUUGAGCGAAGGAGCUUUUGGCCUGCACACCUGCCUGCCGGCUGGCUGGCUCCUUAGAACUCAUUUUGGGAUAACUCCACAGGUGUGGGAGGAAGUGAGCCUGGAUAAAAGGCGCUUCCCUCCAUCAUCGCCCCCACUACCAAAAAGGACUAUUUAAAGAAACCUCUCUCUCUCUCUCUCUUUCUCUCUCUCUCUCUCUCCCCCUCUCAAUCAGUUUUGUCAAAGAAAGGCUUGGUAGAUUAUUUCCUUCCCCCUGCACCUGUGCCACUGAAAACGGCAAUCUCUUUUGCCUGCCAAGCUUUUUAUAAUUUAUCUGCGCGGGGAGAAAGUUCCUUACAUUUGAUGAGUUUCGAAAUCCAGGGAUUCCACAUGAAGUUGUAAGCUUCAGGCAAUGUUGAAGGGAAAAGAAGGACUGGCCUCUAGGACUGAUUCUGGACUCUUUGGAAGUUUGGAAGGGGGAAAGUCUUUCUCUCUCUCUCUCUCUCGCUCGCUCUCUCUCUCUCUCACACACACACACAUUGAAAUAUACUCGGAGUUGAGAGUGACUUUCAUGCUCUUUAUUCAGCUCAUAGUAGUGAGGAGGAAUGGAGGAUCCCCCACAAUAUCUGCUUUAUAUACAUUAUUUACACAAUGGGCUGCACGUGAUUGGCUAAUUCUGGGAUUCUCCUGUAGGCCAAUCAGGUUGUGGAUUCACUUCCAUCUGGAGCUGGAUUGGGUGGCUCCUGCGGACCAAUCAUACUGCUGCAUUGUUCUAGGACCAAUCAGACUGCUGCAUUUUGGAUCCUAUUGUUCUAGGACCAAUCAGACUGCUGCAUUUUGGAUCCUAUUGUUCUAGGACCAAUCAGACUGCUGCAUUCUGGAUCCUAUUGUUCUAGGACCAAUCAGACUGCUGCAUUUUGGAUCCUAUUGUUCUAGGACCAAUCAGACUGCUGCAUUUUGGAUCCUAUUGUUCUAGGACCAAUCAGACUGCUGCAUUUUGGAUCCUAUUCAACUCAGUACAUAACAUAUAUACACACACCCCUUAGUUAUGCAGCAACUGGCCUCCAGUCUGAAGGCGUGGAAUUGAAUAGCCUGACCCAUCCUCUCCUCCUUUGUAAAGCAGCACUGACUGCAGUUGCCUCAGGCGGCAGAAGCCGAGGGGCACGCAGCAACAGGAAGAUGGCAGGAGGACAGACCCCCAUACGUUGCCCUCUGGUACAGUGGAGGACAAUUUCCACCCUGUUGCCCCUGUUGAAGUUCAUUCUGGUUGGCUUCUCUACAUGGAAUUGAGAGGACAGCGCCAUCUUGUCCUUUGCCUCAGGCGGCUGUGUUUUGGGCUAGUCCUUGUGCUUGCAAGGACCCCGAAGCAUCCGUUUGGGUACCACUGGAAACAAUUCUCACUUUUCUUUCUUCUCUUUCUUAUGAAGCCAGGAUUGGGAAGAAAGGCAGCACACCAGUGGCCUCAUCUGGGGCCAGGGGAAAUUGCAUCGCUCAAGUUUUGUUGUGUUUUUGGAGCAGUUAAGGGAUAUGAAGAGGAGGGAAUCCCACGUGAACUGUCUGGGGUCACAGUCUUGACUAUAGUUGCUAAGUUUAUCAUUGUUAUACUGCCAGUCAGGCUAGGAGUGUGAUGCUGGUGAAGUAACCGCUCUCAUUUCACUGGCAAAUAAGGAUGUGAGGGAUUUGGGUGAAUAUCACAAUAUGACUAUCAGGAUAUGAUCAAGCUUCCUAGAGAGUCUUAAAUAAUGAGAAUUGUAGGUCUUGGGCUUAACGUUUGUGGUACCCCAGAUUGCUCCAUGAAUGUUUAUGGUACCCUAGAAGUGUAAGGUUGUGCCCUGAGGGUUGUAACUCCACACAGCUUUUCUCCUCAAGGAUUAAUGGCACCUUUUCUCAUCCAAAGGCCUCAAAGGCCUUUCAGAGCCUACAUCCAGUAAAAACAGCACCGGCGGCAAAGGAAUUCACACAUUCCCCACAAUUUCCAUCACAACCACCUGUGGCCAUUUCACUUUGUUCAUUUCCGUGCCAUGAUUUCAAAAUAAAACAAAUCACAGUGA